CUAACAGUGCAUAGAUAUGACAUGGACAGUGUGAGCGACAGUUGUCAAGUAAUGAUCUAGUGGUUCUUAUUUCGUGUUCAAACUUGUCGUAUCAAGACAUGGAUGAAUUUAUUAAAAUGGUGUUCUUUUAUCUAUGUGUUUACAUGUUCUUACAACGACAGACUGUUGUUUCAAGUGAACAAAAGAAAGAGUGGGAUCUUGACGCAGACAUCACAAAGUUAACCAGGGAUUCAUCUGGGACCCUCUAUCUUGGAGGAGAUAAUUUUAUAGCCAAAUUUUCCUCCAAUUUAAACGAUUCCCUCUCUGUAAUUUCCAUUGGACCUGGACCUGAUGCAGACGACUGCCUUCCACAGACUGCCCCAUGCAACAACACGGUCAAGGUGUUGGAAGUUGUUGAACAACUCCAAAUGUUGCUGGUUUGUGGGACCGCUUACAACGGCACCUGUACUUUACACAAUCUGGAUAACAUGUCAGAUUGGUACUGCCUUGUUGGCGACCUUGACACUGACGCUGCAGUUAUGGCCAGUGUGAAUAACAGGGCCAGCGUCAUAAAAAUACUCCCAACCGCGAAAGCUGAUAUUUUCAACUUACCAAAUGAAUCAACCAAACGUGCGACGUGCAGAUACCAUGACUUUGGUUAUAUUAAACCUAACGCUUCAGGUUCACCCAUGCACAUCCCUAACAGGAGUCACGCGACACACAAGGACACAAAGCCUGGACAGAAUGUUCUUGGUGUACAACUGUUGGUCGCAGGAGAUUUGUAUAGCCCAAACCCUCUUACACCCUCUGUUACGGUGAUGUCAAUACGAAACAUUACUUUUAAGGGCAAUGAAUUCAUAGUUAACUACGCCAGAAACAGUUUAUCUGAAAUGAACCAAACUUUCUUUAAAACAGAAUCAGGAUCCAAAUUUUCCAUUGACUUUACGUAUUCUUUUGCUUGGAAUAAUUUCACAUAUCUCUUGAGCAUCCAUCACAUCGGCGGCGACAACAAGACAAGAGUUACAAAGUUGGGCCGUGUAUCUGCCAAUAAUGCUAAUGCAUUGCGCUAUGUGGAAACUCAACUAGAGUGUUCGGUAGACGUAAGUAGUUUAAUUGUAAAGGUGUCUUCCUUUAUGUGUUAAAUUGAAACCCUUUUUUCAAUUAGGAACAUGUGAAGCGAUAUACAUCCGUACGUUUGGUCAUAGGGUCGACAUAAUAUCUUCUGCUAACAAAGAUAUUGUCCAGAUUUUAAAAAAAUCCACCGAACCUACGAGAUAAAGGACAUAAAUAUAAUGGAGAGUUAGUAUUGUCCUUCUCUUCAUCAUUAUAAUUUCCACUCAAAAUUUAUUGAUUUCUCCAUCAAAUGUUAUGAAAUUAAUAAAUUAUAGUUUGACCUUUCAAUCAUCUUCAUGACCUGCGCACGUUACCGGCAACUUGGGCAGGGGGCGCCAUGAGCUUAGGGCGCCAUGUGCUUAGGGCGCCAUCAAAGAUCUUUCAAAAUAGAAAAAAAUUAUUGCACAUGGACGCCAUGGAAAGGAAAAUAGAAAGUGCAUAAAAAUUUGCUGAUCUAAAGGUUAAAAAAAUUACAUCUGUAGGUCAAUUGUUCAUGCCGCCUACGGUAGGAAAACUAUUGUUCAUACUUCACACGGUAGUUCAAUUGUUCAAGCCACCUACGGUAGGCAAACUAUUGUUCAUACUUCACACGGAAGGCUAUUUGUUUAUGCUUUCCACAAUAGGCCAAUUGCUCAUAUUGCUCACAGUAGGCUAAUUUUUCAUACUGUCUAAACACAAGCUAAAAAUACAGCAGCAAAUUCAACCUUGACAUUGCAAUGUGUUGAAGAAAAUAUUCACAAUUUUCUCUCUGCGCGGCUUUUAAACAUUUUAAAAGUCACCUUAAGUAAAUUACCCAAAAGAUUGUUACACCUAGUUCCGAAAAUGUUUGCAUUACGCGGAAAAUAACUCAAAUAAUUUUUUUAAAGUAAAUUAUGUUGAACAAUAAAUUUAGAAUGGUACUUGAAGUUUUGCAGCAAAUUUAUAUAAAUCUUAUAGCAAUUUAUAGCUAAGGGAACCAAUUAUUUUUAUACUCAUGGUGUAAAUCUUGAAAUAAUUUCUAAUGACGAAAAAUAAUUGAUGGCGAAGUAAUAUUUAAUUGCAUUAAUUUGCAUCAUUUUUUUUAAAGUUCAUGUUUUCUAUGUAAUGGGUGGAUUAUACAUAAGGUUGGGGGGGGGGCGCAAUAAAUGGAUGUUCUAUGAUCCGCGAGUGCCAUAAAAAAUAUCCAAAGGGCCCUUGGUAGAAACAAGAUUCCCCAAACCUGAUGCAGGGGCACUAGGAGGCUAGCAAAAGACAAUUUUAACAUUAAGCAACUUUUAUAGAGCAUUUAUUAUUUAUGUAUGAGAAAAUAUGUUUGCAUUCUCCCCCUGCCCCCCCUUGUAUAUUUGGGGACCCCCCCCACUCCAAAAUCUGUACGUAAAAAUAUGUUUGUAAUCUCCAAUCCCAACCCAACUCCACAAUCCCUCCCAGGGGGGGGGGGUGGGGGUUUCUUUUGGCAAAAUAAAUAACUGAAUAAUGACUAAAAAGAAAACUAAACGAAGUCAGAACAUACGGAUACCCUGCUAAAAUGUAUGUCACCGGAUCCCAUCUCUAAUCGUUGCCACCGCUGGCUGGUUGGGCAGUGAGCAUGGAAAUACCUACAUCAGAGGACGAUGCACAGGGGGAUUUUCAAUGGCUCGCGGUAGACCAAAUAAUAACAAUUAAUAAUACAUUACUAAAACAAGGUUUCACCUUUAACUUGUAACCAAGGUAAACUUGUAGGCCAGGUAAACGUGUGGCUCAGGUAAACUUGUAGCCAAGUUAACUUGUAGCCCAGGUAAACUUGUAUCCCAUGUUAACGUGUAGCCAAGUUAACUUGUAGCCUAGGUAAACGUGUAGCUUGUUAGUGUGCUAAAUUUAUUAUCAAUCCUAGAUGACGCAUUAUUACCAAAAGCUACUCAAUAUAUGAUCUAGAUUGUAUCUUUAUAGACCAUUUUUGAUUCAGCUGAACAAACUAUUCUUGUCACACUUUACGCCAAAACACGGAGCCAUUAGGUAGAGUAAAGUCGUCAGUUUGCUAAAUAUAAAACUAGCUAAAUUACUCGUUAUACUCCCGGGUUGUAGUAAUUUUAGUUGACACAUAUUGAUAAAGAUUGGUCUUGGUGUCAAGUUUAAUCAUUGUAAAAAACAUCUUUGUAGACCACAUUUUUUGUGUAAAUUAUGUGGUCUUUCGUUAAGUUGCAUUGUUGUUAAGAUCCUAAGACUUUUAGUCUGACUUGCUGAAAGAUCCUUCUUCUUGAAAUGCACGAUAACGAUUCCAUGACUAAAUACCGGAGACGGCAAAUAAAUACCAACUUAAUUCAAUGUUUGUCUUUGGCUUUUGUUGAUGGUCAUAACAAAAGAAAGUCUCAAUAGAAAUUAGUAUCGUCUUAAUAUAAAGAGAAGGUCAGGAUCACGGGUUGCAAGAUACACUCUUGGAAUAAAUAUCAUGAUACUUUAAAAAAAAAAUUCGUUGAGGAUUUCAACGUCAAUGACUUAUGACAAAAUUUAUUUGACAAUCAUUUUGUUGCAAUAGUAAAGACAUUUUUGUUAAGCCAAGAUUUUGUAGCAACAUUACAAUUGCAAAAACUUUCAAGUUUAGUCUAUGAGAAGGCAUUUUUCAAAUCGGAUUUCAUUUAUCUACGGAGAUUUUUAUCAGGCAAGACAACAUAAACUAUACAUACAUGUCCAAUGUAGAAUGGAGGAGUUUGAAUCAGGAUUGCACAUUUAGCAGUGCUGUCAUCUUUUGAUAGGAUUGACAUCAGGCAAGACAACAUAAACUAUACAUACAUGUCCAAUGUAGAAUGGAGGAGUUUGAAUCAGGAUUGCACAGUUAGCAGUGCUGUCAUCUCUUGAUAGGAUUGACAUCAGGCAAGACAACAUAAACUAUACAUACAUGUCCAAUGCAGAAUGGAGGAGUUUGAAUCAGGAUUGCACAGUUAGCAGUGCUGUCAUCUCUUGAUAGGAUUGACAUCAGGCAAGACAACAUAAACUAUACAUACAUGUCCAAUGUAGAAUGGAGGAGUUUGAAUCAGGAUUGCACAGUUAGCAAUGCUGUCAUCUCUUGAUAGGAUUGACAUCAGGCAAGACAACAUAAACUAUACAUACAUGUCCAAUGCAGAAUGGAGGAGUUUGAAUCAGGAUUGCACAGUUAGCAGUGCUGUCAUCUCUUGAUAGGAUUGACAUCAGGCAAGACAACAUAAACUAUACAUACAUGUCCAAUGUAGAAUGGAGGAGUUUGAAUCAGGAUUGCACAGUUAGCAAUGCUGUCAUCUCUUGAUAGGAUUGACAUCAGGCAAGACAACAUAAACUAUACAUACAUGUCCAAUGCAGAAUGGAGGAGUUUGAAUCAGGAUUGCACAGUUAGCAGUGCUGUCAUCUCUUGAUAGGAUUGACAUCAGGCAAGACAACAUAAACUAUACAUACAUGUCCAAUGCAGAAUGGAGGAUUUUCGAAGAUGUCUUUCGCAGAUCAAUACUCUUGGUGUUUUCAUUUCCAAUUAUUCAAAGCCUAUAAAAUGUUCUUUCACUGCAGUACGUUAACGUUCUUUAAAUUGUAGUUGUUCGUAAAUCGCCAUAGCUCUUAAGCUCUUAUCGUGUUAUUAUUUUUUGGAAACCGAUUCAAAUACUUUGCCUCGGUCUUGAAAUAGGCAUGAACCCUAAUUUGCUGAGUCUACUUACCUGCGUUGUUUAAAUUUUCCAUCACGAAUUACAUAAUGAUCUGAAUACAAUUUAAACUGAGACACACAGCUGUUGCUGUCUUUAGAUCUGUGGUCCAGGAUGAAUUGUAAUAUACCAAAUUUCUGGGGGCACUGAAAAAAAAAAACGACAGCGGAAGUUACCGAUGUGCCUUGGCAGUUCGUCUUGUUUGACCCGAAUGCAUUCAUCGUUUUCUUGAUAGUUCAUCAUUGCGGUCAAGGAUAAGGUCCAUAUCCAAAAUGUACAGUUCAGCAUACUUUGGUGACUCCUCUUGAUUUGGGUGUAAUGCACAUGUAGCAUGAUAAAUUUGUUUAUAGAUUCUGUAACGAAAAGAACCCGAACGUCUGUUUACAGAUUGAUCAACUUGUGCUAUCAUUGGGACUAAGGCUUUUGCACUAUUUUAGGAUCUUAUUUUUUCCAUGAACGUUUUGAAAUUUGGUGAAUUUGCUUCCCCACUUGAUAUCGUUCUUCCUCGCCCUUACUCUCCGCCACCCUUACCACGCACCCCCCUUCUUUGCAACUCCAUAUACUAUGAGGAUUACACGUGAAUGCAACUCCAUAUACUAUGAGGAUUACAUGUGAAUGCAACUCCAUAUACUAUGAGGAUUACACGUGAAUGCAACUCCAUAUACUAUGAGGAUUACACGUGAAUGCAACUCCAUAUACUAUGAGGAUUACACGUGAAUGCAACUCUAUAUACUAUGAGGAUUACACUUGAAUGCAACUCCAUAUACUAUGAGGAUUGCACGUGAAAGUCAGAUACGUCUUCAGGUUUACCGUACUUCCUUACCACUGCCAUAGCAUCUUAGUAAUUUUUAGCUAUAUUUCUUGGACUCCGUAUGAAGAUCGAAGUUAAUAUUACUUUCUUUACAAAGUAUAUAUCACAUACAAUAUUUCAAUACAACCUAUAUCUGUCAUUGAAAUUUAUUUGAUAUUUUGUUAUUUAUCAAUGAUAUUUUUUUUUUAAGUGAGGUUAGUUAAAUAAAAUGUUACGAACUAUUCUUUGCAUAGGUAUUUCGAUGGCUCAGUUGUAGUCUAUGUGUUACACACUCAAGCAACAUUUGAAAGAAGUCAUCAAAACAACCAAGUUAAAUACUUCGUGUGGCUCUUUAUUCAUGCUGCUGCUCUCGGUAUCUUUUCAUCUCUCUCUCCUUGAUUCAAACUUACUAAACAAUACAAUCAAACACGUCAUCCCUCAUACACAAAAACGUCACUAAUACAAACAACAUAGCUACAGCAACACAAAUAAUCUCUACACCAAAAUACACUCACUAACAAAUCUCUACACCAAUGGUCAAAAUCUAUAUAUAUAUAAUUCGCCAGAAACUAGAGCAAAGACCAACACCACGCAGGCUAUAUAUAGAUACGCCAGAGCAAGCAAGCAAGACGCAGGCAAACAGCCCCUCCCUUCCCUUGCAACAGAAACUCAAUUAAUCAUCAUCACCAACGACCUUCUUGCCUCCUAUAACAAAGGUACCCAGGUCAACAUGGCAAUUCUCGACUUCUCCAAGGCCUUCGACACUGCUCAACACAGCCUUCUUCUACAGAAGCUCCACCACUACGGCAUUACCGGCAACCUUCACUCCUAGCUCUCAACAUGCCUAACACAACGUACCAUGCAAGUAGUGGUAGACAGCAUCCCAUCAAGGAAAGCCCCUCAGGAGUUCCACAAGGCACACUGCUAGGCCCCCUUCUCUUUCUCUGUCACAUAAACGACCUCCCCUAUACUGUAAAAUCUCAAGUGAGGCUGUUUGCAGAUGACUGUCUUGUCUACAGAGAGAUAAACGGCUACGAUGACCACAACCACCUCCAAACUGAUUUAAAGUGCCUUAUGCAUUGGGCGGAGAAAUGGGGCAUGAACUUUAAUGAAACCAAAUGCUGCACAAUGAGGAUCUCAAGAAAAAAAAAACAUCAACCUAUAUGUACUCAUUAAACCAGACAGUUCUCAAACAAGUAUCAAAUAAUCCAUACCUUGGAAUUCUCUUCUCAAACAACCUAAAAUGGUCACCCCAUAUAAACAAAAAUUUUAAAAAAAAAGCCAACGCCACCAUAGGUUUCAUUCGAAGAAAUCUGCGCCACUGCCCAACUUCCUGCAAAACGAAAUGCCUAUCUCGCACUCGUCCGUCCACUACUAGAAUAUGGUACGAUCAUCUGGGACCCACACCUUAAGAAAUACGUGGACACGAUGGAGCGAAUUCAACGUAAUGCGGUGCGUUUCAUCGCACGAGACUACAAAUCCACAACUUUUGGCUUCGUCAUUGGCCUCUUAAAAAGAUUUGACAUCCCCUCCCUUAAAGACAGACGAGAGGGACUCCUCCUGAUAUUCUUAUAUAAAGUGGUCAUGGGACUGGUGCCAGCCAUCCCAGCAGGCACGUACCUCACCCCACAGAAGCUGGGUCGAUUGAUCAGAGCAAAUCGCUCACUGAAUACUUACUUCACGUUUGACAACGCCAUAAACAAUUACACCCGAAACAAUAGCAAAUGCUUUACUGUGCCUCGGUGCAACACAGUGCAGUAUAAACAAAUCUUUCUUCCCACGCACAAUAAUAGCUUGGAAAACCUGGACAAUGCCACUGUGAACUCGACAUUGGUCGAAAGUUUCAGGGCUGCCGUGGCAUCUGCUAGGAGCUGUUAGACAAGCAACACCAUUCCCCCAACCAUGCACAUAUGCCAGUAUAUGGAUGCAGAAACGAACACUACCAGAACCAGAACCAUGCCUGCCUACCGAUCGUUGGUCUCGAGACAUGCGCACUGCGGUGAAGCCACCACCCCCUCCUGCACCCCCCUCGCUUGCCAGCCAGAUCACGGCGUAUGCUAAGCUGCGGGUUGGCAUGAAAUAAAAAGUGUGUCGUGACGUAUCAUGCAAGGGGGGGGGGUGUUGCAAAAUUGGCAUUCUUAAAUGUGCGUAACUGGAGUUCAGGUUUUUGUCAAGUAACUUAAGGAGAUGGUGAGUUUACGCAUUGCUACCACCAAUGUUUGGCGAGCUAUAACUCGUACUAACUAUAAUUAUAUAUUAAAGAAUGGUCAUUCAAAAGUGAAACCCUAUAACGAUGAUAGUUACGAACAAUUUUGAUUAUAUUUUUAUGGCCAUUGUCCUGUGACAAUAAUUUUAAAUAAUGGAUUUCACACAUCUGUAGUUGACAUUUAGCCAUUUUUUUUAAUAGACUAGAAUGUUGAAUACCCUUGUAUUUAUAUAUUCGCAACUUUGUUGAGGAGAAUGACAAGUAUACCAAAACUACAUGAAGAGAAUUUCAAAAUCUCAAGUCUUUUAUUUCUUACAAAAUCUUAACUGCAACAAAUGAGUUUAAAAUGAAUUCAACAAAUUAGACAAGAAAGGGAUAAAAAUAUGCCGCAUACAUUGACAGUCAAGAGCAGUGUUUUAGUUGGGGUUGUUGAGUCUCGGGGUGGGACAAACCUUUCGUUGCACCUUCCAUGAAAGCAAAACCUGCCCUUGGCCUAAAAUGUCACCCAUAAAUGUAAGAAAAUUUCUCAAUUCAUCUCGACACCAAGUCACGUUGAGUAGUCGAAGGAAACAUUGCAAGGCUUAAACAGAAUAAUCGUGAAACAAAUCAUUAAUAUGCAUAAUUAGUCAUAAAAGUCCUUUUUUUAACGAUUGAUGUAUCAAACAGGCUUUUGUGCAUUCGUGCGAUCACGCAACGACUACGCAAUGACCCCAUGUUACGUCGUCCGUCUACGAUCCUGGAUAGAAUUAAAAAAGCACAGAAUGGUGCUCCCAUUGUUCGAUGCAAGUUCAAAUUCAACCAUGCUAAAACACUUCCAAGAGACCUGCAUUGACUGCCGGUCCGCGCUCGCAUUGAGUACAAAAUUUCCACUCCGUGCUAUCGCUGCUUGCAUUACCUGACACAGCCCCAUCUUAAAGCGCUCUUGUCGCCUUAUGUACCCACUAGAUCGCUCCGUUCGUCCAAUAGUUGCGAGCUCUGGACACCGCGAGUCCGCCUUGAGACCUACAGAAGGCGCACUUUCGCUUUUGCUGGCCCAAGAAUCAGUAACAGCCUUCCUGUCGUUCUCAGAAACUGCCGGACACUGCAGUCUUUCAAAACUGAGUUGAAAACACAUCUUUUUCUCACUCACCUGCUCGGGUGAUGUAGUCUACCUCCUUGUUUAAAAGGAGCCUGCUCAUAUUUCUCGAUUUAUACUGGCUUGUAUUGUCCAUUGGCUUGUAUUGUCCAUUGGCUUGUAUUGUCCAUUGGCUUGUAUUGUCCAUUGUCUUGUAUUGUCCAUUGGCUUGUAUUGUCCAUUGGCUUGUAUUGUCCAUUGGCUUGUAUUGUCUAUUGGCUUGUAUUAUCCAUUGGCUUGUAUUGUCCAUUGGCUUGUAUUGUCCAUUGGCUUGUAUUGUCCAUUGGCUUGUAUUGUCCAUUGGCUUGUAUUGUCCAUUGGCUUGUAUUAUCCAUUGGCUUGUAUUGUCUAUUGGCUUGUAUGAAGAUUUUGUAUUGUUGCGUUUUGUAUUUUCUUUCACUUCGAGCUUUAAUUAGGGAUGAAGCAUGUUUUUGAAAUGAACUUUAUUAUUACAUGUAUUAUUAUUAAUUAUUAACAAUGUUUUGGCCUUUAACAGUCUUACGAUCAAGUAAAUGUGGCUUCAAUGUAUUAAAAUAUAUAUCCUUAUAUUAAAAUUACUGUAUUGUACCGUAGAAAUACGGUAUAUAACGUAAAUUAUUUUAAAAAACACUAAAACUACGGUCCCCACAGUAAAGUAACUGUAUUAUACCGUAUUUAUACAAUAAAUGACAGUAAAGACAGAUUAAUGAGGUAAAUUACCGUAUUAAUUUGUUAGGAUAUUUAACCGUAAACGUUAUGGUACAGUUUUACACGCUAUUUUGCUAACAGCCAUUUUCCAGUAGAGUAGAUGUACUUAAUUCAUUUUUUGCCUAGAACUUAAAAGGUAAAAUCAAGCUAUUUUAGUGCCCCUAGAUAAUAAGAGAAAUCAUCCUGAAAAGUUAACGUUUGGGGGCUUUUCCUUCUUGAGAUCUCGUUAUCAGUCAGUCAGUAUGUGGGUUGUAGAUGGCUUUUAUAUUUAAGAAUAAGGGGGCAUUUUUUUAUUUGAUGUCAGAACUGUACAUAAAUGGACGUAUCCAUUAUGCCGAUAUGUACACGCAGGCAAUCAUCUCCGAACUUACCAGUCACCCCACCUCACCGCCAAAUUCAUACGAAUUAAUAUAUUGAUGGAUCUCAAAUGAUGGUUAGAAAUAAAACGCUUUUAUGGCGUUGUUACUGUUUGAUUUAAAAUAUGUUAAAAUUAUACAAACAUUCCAGAAUGAGACCUACACCGAAAUGACUGCUGCAACUUUCACUAACCUCAAUGUUCCUUCAAACAAAAAGGCUGCUACGGUCCCCGUGCUGUUGGUUGCUUUUGGUGCCAAUGGUGAUGCCAGGCCAGGGACAUCUGAGCCAAGAAAUGGUGGCGCCCUCUGCGCCUUUUUUAUUGAGGAAAUAGACGUGAAUCUAGAGUCUGCCAUUAAUUCCUGUUCGUCAGGAGUUGGCACGCAAACGAGACAGGUGGACUGGAUAAAGCUUCCAAAGCAGCGGUGCCAGGUGUGUAUAGAUUAGGUGUGUAUGUAUCAAUUGUGUAUGUGCCAGGUGUGCAUGUGUCACAUGCGUAUGUGUCAGAUGUGUAUGUUUUCAGGUGUUUAUGUGUCAGAUGUGUAUGUGUCAGGUGUGUAUGUUUUACGUGUAUAUAUGCCAGGUGUGUAUGUAUCAGGUGUGUAUGUGUCAUGUGUGUAUGUUUCAGGUGUGUAUGUGUCAGAUGUGUAUGUUUCAGGUAUGUAUGUGUCACAUGUGCAUGUGUCAGGUGUGUAUGUGUCAUGUGUGUAUGUUUCAGACAUGUAUGUGUCACAUGUGUAUGCGUCAGAUAUGUGUCACAUGUGUAUGUUUCAGGUGUGUAUGUGUCAGAUGUGUAUGUUUCAGGUAUGUAUGUGUCACAUGUGUAUGUGUCAGGUGUGUAUGUGUCAUGUGUGUAUGUUUCAGACCAUUAUGUGUCACAUGUGUAUGUGUCAGAUAUGUGUCACAUUUGUAUGUUUCGGGUGUGUAUGUGUCAGAUGUGUAUUUAUGACUGUGCUCUUAUUAAUUAGUUUUAUUUUCAUAAGUUUGAGAUUCCCAUUUACCAUUAACACGCCUAUUUAAUAAUGGUGCUGUGAAUGAGUGUAAAAAAAAGUUGUCGGUUUUUUUAAUAUUAUAGUUUCAAAAAAGCAAGAUAGACUAUUUUAAAAUGCAUUUAUCAAUUCAAUAAAAUGCAUUUAUCAAUUCAAUAAAAUGCAUUUAUCAAUUCAAUAAAAUGCAUUUAUCAAUUCAAUAAAAUGCAUUUAUCAAUUCAAUAAAAUGCAUUUAUCAAUUCAAUAAAAUGCAUUUAUCGAUUCAAUAAAAUGCAUUUAUCAAUUCAAUAAAAUGCAUUUAUCAAUUCAAUAAAAUGCAUUUAUCAAUUCAAUAAAAUGCAUUUAUCAAUUCAAUAAAAUGCAUUUAUCAAUUCAAUAAUAAAAACAAUAUCCAUUUUUAACCAACCAAAAAUGGUUUAAAAAUUGAAAUUAUACUUUGAAAGUUUUAUUUACACUCUAAACGGUCAAAGCACUUUUAUCAUUUUAAGUGACAUUCUCAUUGCAUUAAAUGAUUAUGAAAUUUUAAAAAAAUUUCGGUUCAAAAAUGAAAACUAAUAUCGAUAAGUUUGUCAUCUAAAGAACAAUUCACCGCCUAAAAACCACGGCGUCUACCUUCAAAUGGCAAGUGGUCAAACAAGGGAAGCUAUGCUAAGAAGGAACACCACGAUAACUGCUCUCUAUAUUUCUGAAUCAAAGGCUACUGGUGCUCUGUAUCUAUUCCUGGUUACUAAUGACGGGAUAAUGGAGAAAGUGGGUGACCUUUUUUUUUUUUCUUUUUUUGUUUUCUUUUUUUUUUUUUUUAGUAUGCAUACUCAUAUAUAUUUCAUAGAUUUAAAUAAACUUUAAAUUAGAAUGUAAAUGAAUAUGAAGAGAAAAAACGUAAUUUAUUUAUUUAAUAGGGCACCAAAAAAUGAAUUCAUUUGUUUUCAUUCUUGCCUGCAAGUUGUACAUAUAAAUCGUGACAUCAUUGUGUUUAAUCAUAUAAAAGUCAUCACUAAAUUUCUUAGACAGAAUUUCACGCUUUCUUGAUGACGUGUCAGUGUUGGUAUUAAACAGUUUGCUAUCAAACCUUUCGAAAGUUGCAUCUUAUGUUCUUAAUGUUUUAUUAUGCAGUGGAACCUCUCAUGACGAGUUUAAUUCGUUCCAGACUCUUACUCGUUAAGCGAAACACUCGUUAAACGAAACAAUUUUUCCCAUACAAAUCAAUGUAAAAUACGACAAUGUGUUCCAUGCUGAAAAAAUACACAUUUUUCAAAACUUUUUAGUAACAUUUAUUCAAAUGUUAUACUUAUGAAUUGUUAAGGAGUGUAACAACUUGGAAUACAAUUUAGAUUUGAAACAAAAAGCGUAAAUAAAAAUAUGAAUUUAUGACAAAUAAUUAAUCCUUUUUAACUAGAAAACUGUCUAAAGACAUUUGUUUUUGCUUACGCUUCAAAAUUUGACGAAAAUGUGACACAACAUUAUCAUUGAAUAAAUUUGUAGCACGAGUUGCCACGCUCACACCUUGUUUUCCCUUUUCAUUUAUUUUACGUAUCAUUUCAACAGUUAUUUUUUCUCUUUUAUGAUUGUCUUCUUGUGUUUUUUUUUUUCGAAGACAUUUUAGCACAGGUUAUUACACUUUGCACAUAAAAAAAUUACGAAUUCUGUCUGAAUACAAAAUUUGUAAAAACUGGUGAUCACACACGAAAACAAUACGCUAACAGACCGAGUGCUAAACAAAGACUAAUGCAAUGUUUCUCAAACUUCCUAGUGCCGCGACCCUUUAAUACAGUUUCUCGUGUCUUGGCGACCCCCACCAACCUAAUUAUUUUCGUUCCUACUUCAUAGCUGUAAGAAUAUGUGUUUUCAGAUAGUCUAAGGCAGGGAUCUACACAUUUUUCAGUCCGAGGGCCGCAUUAACUAAAAAACAGCAGUUCAGUGGCCGACUACAAACUCAAGGUCCAAAUAAAAAAGAAUCAAAACAUGGAUGUUGUUUUUAAUUAUUUAUUUAAUAAAUUUAAUAAAUUGGAGUUCCUCAAGGAUCGGUCCUUGGGCCUGUCCUUUUCAUCCUCUACACUAAACCUCUAUCAUCUCUCAUUAGCCACCACUCAGUUUCCAGUCAAUCCUUUGCUGAUGACACUCAAAUCAGUGACUCUUGCUUUCCUGAUCAACUUGAUGCCACAAUCCUUCGCAUACAGGAGUGCGUGGACGAUGUAAAGCGUUGGAUGACUUGCAACAAACUGAAGCUAAAUGAUGAUAAAACGGAAAUCCUUCUCAUCCACUCUCAAAACAAACCUCUCCCUCCAUUCGCUCCUUCUUCUAUAUCUAUUGGCAACUCUGACAUUACACUCUCUCCCUCUGCCAGAAACCUUGGAGUCACGCUUACGGACACCCUCUCCAUGGAGAAACAUGUCACGAAUAUAUGCAGAUCAGCAUAUAAUGAAAUUAGAAAAAUCAGCACCAUUAGACACCUCCUCUCCUUUGAUGCCACAAAAACUCUCGUCUCUUCACUCAUUCUUUCAAAAUUUGACUACUGUAACAUUCUUCUCUCAGGCAUUCCUCAACACCACAUAGAAAAACUUCAGAAGGCACAGAACUCAGCAUGCAGACUCAUUUUUAAAUCAAAGAAACAUGACCACAUUCAACCACACAUGCGGCAACUCCACUGGCUUCCAAUAUCCUCUCGCAUCAAAUACAAGUCUGCCAAUCUUUGCUUCAACUCGUUCACUGACCCUCACUUUCCUGUCUAUCUCUCUGAACUGUUGCUUCCUUACAUCCCCACAAGACAACUACGUUCUUCCAUUGACAGUAGAACCCUCUCAAUCCCAAGAACUAAAACUAAGACCAUCGGUGAACGCUCCUUCUGCUUCCAUGGGCCCACGUUCUGGAACCAGCUCCCCUUCCAUAUACGUCAUAGUGAAACCUCGUCCAUUUUCAAAAAGUCCCUUAAAACUCAUCUGUUUAGGUCCGCCUAUGACCUGUGAUGCACCCUCCUUGCCCUACCUCAUUUUCUGUUUCGGGUUGAUCCUGAAGUGUCAAAGUGUCCUCGUUUUAUAGCCAUUUUCAUUGUUUCUAUAGAAUAGUAGUUACUAUCCUAGUGUCUCAUUUGUAUUUACUUAGUUUACAUGUUUUAAUAAUUGUAAAGCGCUUAGAGCUUUAUGAUAAGCGCUAUAUAAAAAUGCCUAAAUAAAUAAAUAAAUAAAAUAAUAUUUUAUUCAGUUAUUAUUUAAUAAACACAUUGAUACACUAAACAUGAACAAAUGUAUAAGUGAGAAUGGUGAAAUUGUUUCCUGGAUGCAAAAAUAGACAUUUCUGGCUUUAGAUAAUUUGAUGUCCCACGCUGAGAACAAACUUGUCCGAUGAUAAUCUUAGGUCACUGUUGAUGAUUAUUCUUCACGCAUUUUAUUCUUGAAAAUGUUUAACACUGGUAUGUUGUUCCAGGUAUGUUGAAAGGUACCUUGAUGCAAAAGUUUUGACAUUAGGAAAGUUUUCUUUGGGCAAAAACUGGUAAAACGCCACCAGUCUUUCUUUGAACGUGUCCCUAAGGAGGUCAUUUUCAAAUUGCAACUCAAUGACCUCCAGCUGCAGCUCAUCUGGGCAACUGGCCGAAUCUGCUUCAAAUAGCUUUUGAAACAGUCUCACUUCUUCUGCCAUUGAAUCCAAGUCAAAAAACCGCUACUGAAACUGCAGCUGGAGGUCUUUAAUGAUCUCGCGUGCAAAUGAUGUGGGGGAACUCCGCUGUUGCUACAGCCAUGAAGACCUUUCACUGCUAAAAGUGCGUCAAGUUGUUGGCCUGUACUUGUUCCAAAAACAAGACGAAUUUGGAUAUGAAAGCCUUUAGGUGGGUGUAUAGAUCAUAAACUAGAUUUCAAACUAGAUUCCUGGGGGCCGAAAAUUAGGUUAAGAAAAUUUAAACGACUAGUUAUGUCUGCAGCAAAGACCAAUUUCCAUACACACUAGUCAUCAUACAGUAAUGUAUUUGUUUUGCCUUUACUUUCCAGGAAGUCACUUAUUUCCUUUCUUAACUUAAAUAUUCUGCUCAAAACUUUCUCAAAACAGCCAUCUUACUGCUGCUGUGGAAUAUGGUAAAUCUUGUGAUUCUGUGUCUGUAUCUUUCAACAGGUAUCUGAACUGUCUAUGUUUGAACCCAUGUGACCUUAUUAAAUCUAACAUCUUCACCACAGGAUUCAGUACACUGCUAAUGUCUACAUACUUUGCACACAAAGCUUGCUGGUGAAUAAUACAGUGCAGGAACAUUGGUUGUAGAAUGUUUUUCUCAUUACAUAUCUGCUUCACUUGUCCAACCAAGCCUUUCUUUAUGUCACUCAUGUUCUUUCCUCCAUCAACAGUCAGGCAACUGAGGUUAGUCCACUCCUAGUUAUAAUCAGAAUUUUUUUUUUCCAACUCAUUGAAUAUAUCCUCUCCGGUAACAGUGCCGUACAUGUCAGCUCGUGUGUUAUGUUCAUGUCUUCAUACACACCUCUAAUAAACACAAGCAGUUGAGAGGUGGAACAGCUGUCCAGCAAUUCAUCCAUCGCUAUUGAAAAAUGGCGUAAAUUGCUUGCAUUUUACGCCAUUUGAGUCACAAUGUUUUAACCUUUCUGCAACACGACGGGCAAUGAUAUUUGCACCCAACGCUACAUUUUAAAAUUGUUUUGACUUUUCUGGGCAAAGUUUCUCAGCCACCACCAACAAACAUUCCUUGUCAACUUCACCAUCUGUAAAGGGUUUGCCAAUUUUAACCUGGACGUAAGCAACUUUAUAACUGGCCUUAGUUAAGGAGUCAUUUUCAUUUGAUGAUUUACUGAAUAAUGUCCUCUGAGAUGUGAGUUGAUGUCCUAUAAGAUGUGAGUUGAUGUCCUCUUAGAUGUGAGUUGAUUUUGUAAUUUAGAAAAAGUUUCGGCAUGGACUUUACCUCCAACUGUGCAUAUUUCUCCUGAUGUUUGCUUUGAUGAUGACGGUGCAAGUUGCCUUUUUUCAUCACAGCCACGAUUUCGUUGCAAAUCACACACAAUGCUUUGUCACCGGAUUUGAUGAAGAAUUAUUUCGAACUUAAUUCUUCUUGAAAUUCCCGACAUUCAUCAUCUAUUUUUCUUUUCCUCCACUCGGCCAUCGCUGGAAACUAAAAUAAAUUGAAUUCAACAUGAAUAAAUUGUAAAACUUAUAGUCUCUUGGACACAAUAUCGCUCAAAAAACCUGUUUAUGCGAACUAAUUUUGUCACAAUUAUAGCUGCAAAUGACCCGAAACAAUUUUUAAAAAUUCUUAUGAUUUCCUAAGUUAAACUUACCUGAAUAUAGUGUGCAAAUAUAUCCACUUAUAGUUAAGAGAUUGUUGCUUUACUGUUUCCUCUUUAGAAAAUUCGAAAAAUACUUAGUAAACUAACGAAAUUCCCAAUACUUGAAACACGAUUACGGGAACGAAAUUGUCACUAAAUAAAUAGAGUUCAAAAUGUUUCGAAAUCAGACGCUGACACCAACACCUCCUCAUCGCAGCAAUCAACUGCAACUGGCAAACUGUGAUCAAACGAUGACACCAACACCUCCUCAUCGCAGCAAUCAACUGCAACUGGCAAACUGUGAUCAAACGCUGACACCAACACCUCCUCAUCGCAGCAAUCAACUGCAACUGGCAAACUGUGAUCAAACGCUGACAACAACACCGCCUCAUUGUAGCAAUCAACGACAACUGGCAAACUGUGAUCAAACGCUGACACCAACACCUCCUCAUCGCAGCAAUCAACUGCAACUGGCAAACUGUGAUCAAACGCUGACACCAACACCUCCUCAUCGCAGCAAUCAACUGCAACUGGCAAACUGUGAUCAAACGCUGACACCAACACCUCCUCAUCGCAGCAAUCAACUGCAACUGGCAAACUGUGAUCAAACGCUGACACCAACACCUCCUCAUCGCAGCAAUCAACUGCAACUGGCAAACAGUGAUCAAACGCUGACACCAACACCUCCUCAUUGUAGCAAUCAACUGCAAUUGGCAAACUGUGAUCAAACGCUGACACCAACACCUCCUCAUUGUAGCAAUCAACUGCAACUGGCAAACUGUGAUCAAACGCUGACACCAAACCUCCUCAUUGUAGCAAUCAACUGCAACUGGCAAACUGUGAUCAAACGCUGACACCAACACCUCCUCAUCGCAGCAAUCAACUGCAACUGGCAAACUGUGAUCAAACGCUGACACCAACACCUCCUCAUCGCAGCAAUCAACUGCAACUGGCAAACUGUGAUCAAACGCUGACACCAACACCUCCUCAUUGUAGCAAUCAACUGCAACUGGCAAACUGUGAUCAAACGCUGACACCAACACCUCCUCAUCGCAGCAAUCAACUGCAACUGGCACACUGUGAUCAAACGCUGACACCAACACCUCCUCAUUGUAGCAAUCAACGGCAACUGGCAAACUGUGAUCAAACGCUGACACCAACACCUCCUCAUCGCAGCAAUCAACUGCAACUGGCAAACUGUGAUCAAACGCUGACACCAACACCUCCUCAUUGUAGCAAUCAACUGCAACUGGCAAACUGUGAUCAAACGCUGACACCAACACCUCCUCAUCGCAGCAAUCAACUGCAACUGGCAAACUGUGAUCAAACGCUGACACCAACACCUCCUCAUCGCAGCAAUCAACUGCAACUGGCAAACUGUGAUCAAACGCUGACACCAACACCUCCACAUCGCAGCAAUCAGCUGCAACUGGCAAACUGAGAUCAAAAUAAUCAAGUCCUGAACAAGCAGCAAACCAUUUAAAAACUCCGCAACUAGAUGGCGUUUUACCAAUCUCAUUGACUGUGAAAGGAAGAAGAAAAACUAGCAGCGAAUAAGAUUUUGCAAUGUCGCGAUCGGUUGGAAAAGAUAACGCACUUCAGCGUGCCUCCAUUUCAAUUUAUUAAAAAUAUUACGGCCACGUAGGCGGCGGCUGAUCUUGGCAGGAGACACUUACCAUUCAGUAUUUUUUUCCGUAGACAAAAUGGUCUCCGCGGGCAAGAUGAGAGGGCCUCGCGAGCCGCAUGCGGCCCUCGGGCCGUAGUUUGGAGAUCUCUGGUCUAAGGCGACCCCUUGGAAAGGGCCGCGCUACCCCUAAAGGGGUCACAACCCACAGAUUGAGAACCGCUGGAAUAAAACAUUCGGCGCAUAAGCCCCGGCUCACAAAUGAGUGUCAGGAAAAAGGGACUCCCCUUUUCUGCGUAACUCGUUAUGCGAAAUAUCGUUCUUAAGGGAGCAACUUUUUCACUUUUUUUUUUUUGGUCGCUAUGCGAAUUACUCGUUAUGAGAGGUGCUCAUUAUGAGAGGUACUCAUUAUGAGAGGUACUCAUUAUGAGAGGUACUCAUUAUGAGAGGUGCUCAUUAUGAGAGGUACUCAUUAUGAGAGGUGCUCAUUAUGAGAGGUACUCAUUAUGAGAGGUGCUCGUUAUGAGAGGUACUCAUUAUGAGAGGUACUCAUUAUGAGAGGUGCUCAUUAUGAGAGGUGCUCAUUAUGAGAGGUACUCAUUAUGAGAGGUACUCAUUAUGAGAGGUGCUCAUUAUGAGAGGUACUCAUUAUGAGAGGUGCUCGUUAUGAGAGGUACUCAUUAUGAGAGGUACUCAUUAUGAGAGGUGCUCGUUAUGAGAGGUGCUCAUUAUGAGAGGUACUCAUUAUGAGAGGUGCUCGUUAUGAGAGGUGCUCGUUAUGAGAGGUACUCAUUAUGAGAGGUACUCAUUAUGAGAGGUGCUCGUUAUGAGAGGUACUCAUUAUGAGAGGUACUCAUUAUGAGAGGUGCUCGUUAUGAGAGGUGCUCGUUAUGAGAGGUACUCAUUAUGAGAUGUGCUUGUUAUGAGAGGUUUCACUGUGUUUCUUCUUUGUGUGUUGGGUAGGAAUUAAUUAUUUUAAAAUUAUUUUAGGCCGGGGAAUGGUUUGCAAAGGAAGGUCAAACUUUGCUAAGCUUUUCAGGCGAAAGUUUCUUUAGCUUUACAGGCAAUAAUUUCUUUAGCUUCUCGGGCAAAACUGUCUUUAGCUUUUAAGGCGAAACUUUCUUUUGCUUGUCUUGUUUUGAUAUUCACAGGCACAUUUCCUGGAUUUUUAUUAUUACAUUUUAUACAUAUAACGUCAACGUUUAAUCCCUUUAAACUUUUGUUCAUUUUUUAUUUGAGUCAGAAUCUUCUUAAUGUUGGCAACUCAGGAAAACAGAAAUUGGAUUCGAGUUUUGUAGAAAAGUUUGAAGUGACUAAUUACACGAAGGAUGUGAAUUUAUGUGUUCAAUCCAAUGAAAAGUUUAUCAACGUCUACAUGACUGUGGGGAGCCAAGUAAUGCAUCAUUUUCAUUCAAAUACAUGUCAUAUUCAAGUGCUAAAUGUUCUUAAUUUAUUUCAAAUAAUAGCAUCCCUUUUAAUCUUCUUUUUCACCUAUUCACACUUUAUUAUACAUAAUUUUCGUUUCAAUUUGUGUAUUUUAAGUAUUUUUUUUUUGAAUUUGCUUUUUGAUAAAAUACAUUUACGUGAUCGACAUUACGAGACAAUGGUGUCGGAAUGAUUUGAGACACGGAGUAUGAAAAGAACAAAAAACGUAUUAUAUUAAAACUUCAUUGCUAACAAAUGUAAAUAUUUUCUUAAGGAGUGAAUAUAAUUAUACAGUUAUGCUGCUAUUCCGUUUGAAUAUCUCAUCCGUUCUUCGAAGAGGUGACAAUUGCACUGCACUUGCUCUUCUAUGGCGACGAAUGCUGUUUUAUCCGUGGAUGAGAUCGUAGCCGUCAACUCUUUCGUCAUCGCCUGCAUUUUGUCGUAGAGAUAAACGUUGGUUCGCUGGUCCUCUCACGAAGCCAAAAACAAAAAUCGUUAUACGUCACACGUCACUCGUCAAGCUAAUGCUGCUUCUGACAGAAUCCCUUGAACAAAUGCCAAAAUAACGUGCUGCUUUUUGGUUUGUGCGAGGAUAGCACAGCACACUGACCAAAACAUUAACCGUGUUGCGGGUGACUAGUCGACAUAAGUAUGUGUUGUUGUUUUUUUAUACUCCGUGUCUCAAAUCAUUCCGAUACCAUUGUCUCAUAAUGUCUAUCACGUAAAAGUAUACUUUUUAAACUAUAGACCGGCUUUCGAAAACCCAGGCAUGGCUUAAGGACUUUUAACACACAAAAAAAAAACUUGAUGGAGAAUUUAGAAAGUCUUAAUAUAGAUUGCCGAGGUAAACACCCAACUUGUUCGAUGAACUGUGUUCCGAAAAAGCGUAUAUCAUUUGAUCAACAAGAUUGAAAAAAGUGACAAAAGUGUAGGCAAUUAUUAAUGUGUUUUGACUUGGCAGAUUAAUGCAAUAGCCUUGUUAAACGGUAACCAUCAAUUUCAAUACAGUUUCAAUUGAACAGUAAAGUGUUUAAAAAUCAAGUCCCACAAAGUUCUGAUUCCUUUCUAACCCAAAGCGUUAGAUGUAAAAUAGUCCCUAUCUGCUCUAUUGUUUCUUCUUCAAGCAGCUGAUUUGUUAGCAGCAUUUAAAAAUCAAGAAAAACCAAGAUAAUAGUGCACCUAGAGAUGUCCAAUCUAUCCCUGUCACCCACUGCAACUAGAGAUGUGCCGUCGAUCCCUGUCCCCUACUGCAUCAAGAUAUGUCCAAUCUAUCCCUGUCACCUACUGCACCUCGAGAUGUUCCAUCUAUCCCAGUCACCUACUGCACCUAUUGACGACCCAUCUAUCCCUGUCCCCUACUGCGCCUGGAAAUGCCCCAUCUUUUCCUGUCCCCUACUGCAUCAAGAUAUGUCCAAUCUAUCCCUGUCACCUACUGCACAUAUUGAUGUGCAAUCUAACGCUGUCACCUACUGCAUCUAGAGAUUUCCCGUCUAUCCCUGUCACCUACUGCAUCUAGAGAUUUCCCAUCUAUCCCUGUCACCUACUGCAUCUAGAGAUAUACCAUCUGUCCCUGUGACCUAUUGCAUCUAGAGAUUUCCCAUCUAUAACUUUAACAUGCAGCACCUGGGGUUAUCCCAUCUGUCCUUGUAACCUACUGCAACUAGAAAAUCCCAUCUGCCCCUGUCCCCUACUGCACCCUGAGAUAUCCCAUCUUUUCCUGUCAACUACUGCAUCUAGAGAUAUCCUAUCCGUCCCUGUCGGCUACUGUACCAAGAGAUAUCCCAUCUGUCCUUGUCACCUACUGCACAUGGAGAUAUCCUAUUUCUCCAUUUCCCCUACUUCACCUGGAUAUGUCGUAUCUAUCCCUGUCAUAUACUGCGCCUGGAAAUGUCCCAUCCAUUCCUGUCGCCCACUGCAUCAAGAUGUGUCCAAUCUAUCCCUGACACCUACUGCACCUAGAGAUGUCCCAUCUAUCGAUGUCACCUAUUACAUCUAGAGAUGUCCCAUCUAUAACUUUAACCUACUGCACCUGGCGAAAUCCCAUCUAACCCUGUCACCUCCUGAACCUGGAUAUAUGUCCCAUAUAUCACUGUCAUCUAACUCUCCUAAGGAUGUCAAUCUUUCCCUGUCACCUACUGCACCUCGAGAUAUCCCCUCUUACCCUGUGAACUACUGCAUCUAGAGAUAUCCUAUUCGUCCCUCUCAGCUGCUGCACCAAGAGAUAUCCCACCUGAAGAUAUCCCAUCUGUCCCUGUCACCUACUGCACCUAGUGAUAUCCCAUCUGUCGUUGUCACAUACUGCACCUGGUGAUGUCCCAUCUGUCCCUGUCACCUACUGCACCUAGUGAUAUCCCAUCUGUCCUUGUCACCUACUCCACCUGGAGGUAUCCCAUAAAUCCCUGUCAACUACUGCAUCUAGAGAUAUCCUAUCCGUCCCUGUCAGUUACUGCACCAAGAGAUAUCCCAUCUGUCCUUGUCACCUACUGCACCUAGUGAUGUCACAUCUGUCCUUGUCACCUACUCCACCUGGAUAUAUCCCAUCUAUCCCUGUCAACUACUGCAUCUAGAGAUAUCCUAUCCGUCCCUGUCAGCUACUGCACCAAGAGAUAUCCCAUCUGUCCUUGUCACCUACUGCACUUGGAGAUAUCCGUCCUAUCCUUGUGCACUACUGCACCUUAACAUAUGUCCCAUCUAUCAAUGUUCCAUACUGCACCUAGAGUUGCCCCAUCUAUCCCUGUCAAUAAACUAACCCUGCAGAUGUCUCAUCUAUCCCUGUCAGCUACUGCGCAUAGUGAUGUACCAUAUAUCGCUGUCACCUACUGCACCUAGACGAGUCCCAUCUAUACCUGUCACCCUCUGCACCUAGAGAUGUCCCAUCUAUCCUUGUCACCCACUUCUCCUAGAGAUGUCCUGUCUAUACCUGUCCCCCUACUGCACCUAGUGAUGUCCCAUUGAUCGCUUUCACAUAAUGCACCUAGAGAUUUUGUGUCAAUCCCUGUCACCCAAUGCACCUCGUGUUGUCCCAUAUAUCCCUGUCACCUACAUCACCAUGAAUGUCCCAUCUAUAUAUGGCAUCUACUGCACCUGAAAUGCUACAUUUAUCUCUGGCCCCUUCAGCACUUGGAUAUGUCCAAUUUAUCUCUUUCACCUACUGCAUCGGACGAUGUUCUAUCCAUCCCUGUCACUUAUGCACCAGGAGAUGUCUGAUCUAUCCCUGGUACCUAUUUCCCCUUGAAUGUCCCAUCUAUCCCUGUCACAUACUGCAUCCUGAAUGUGCCAUCUACCUUUGGCACCCACUGCAUAAUAAAAUUUCCUAUUGGUGUUGCCAGCCAACUGUGCGUCCACAUCAUCCUCAUCAAACAAUCGGAUGAUUAAGAUGGUACUCUUUGGGUUGAGUGACGAAUUUCCACAUAUUGCCUUACAGAAACAUCUGUUGUCAUGUCAUAACAAUAUUGAGUCAAGGAUACAAUUUUGAUUCUUUUUAGACAAUUUGACAUUACUUUUUAUUUUCGUUUGAUUGACACAAUUUGUAUAAUGUGGUUAAUGAGUCUACACUUAAACUAUUUGAUUUAGUUUUAAUUAUAGUAGCUAUUAAUCAACUAUUAUUUUUAUAUGAUUUAAGUUGGUCAGACGACCGGUACAUGACUGCCAACAGUUUCAAGGAUGCAGACAUUGUUCAUCUGAGACAUGUAAUUGGUGUUAUAGUACAAGAGUGUGUCAAGAGAAAGGGACAUUGUGUCAAGAUGACCGUCAGGAGGACAAGCCAUCGAAUGGGUCAUGGGUAGGAAUGUAUAAUUAUAUAACAUUUUGUGAUAUUCUGAUUCAUUUUCAAAAAAAUAAUUAUUAAAUCUAUCCAGUUUUUGGAUUCAUUCGGUUAGCAUCUGUUCGACAGAAAUUAAACUUUUUUUUUUUAAAGUUCAUCGAAUCAGUUGUUUUUUUUUUUAAUUAUGGAAAUAUGAAUAACAAUUUUUUUUUUCUUCCCCUCCCCCCCCCCACCCCCCCCAUUUUUUUUUUUUAAUUUUUCUAAUUUUUUUUUUUUUUUUUUUUUUUUUUGGAAAUUAAAAACAAUUUUUUUUUUUUUCCCCCCCCCCCCCCCCCAACCACUCCCAAUGUUUUAGAAUAAUUGCAUUCAUAUUUAAAAGUCUCCAUUAUAAUAUAAUCAAGUCUACUUAUAACUGCAUGAAUGAAAAGUCUACUUUGGAAAAAACUUAUUUUUUUUUCAAUCCCUAAAAACAAGCAACAGGGGAGCGAACCGGACAACUUAUUUGAAUUACAUCGCUGACUAUUGAAUUUAUGAUAAAACCUGUUUGAGGAUUUCAGUAGCUCAGUGAAUGUUUCAUAAGGCCUCGUCAACGUACAUGUCUAAACUCAUGGCCUUAAAAAAAUGAAGACAUAACAUAUUUUUUAAAACAAUUAUAGUCCAAAAAGUAUUUAUCGCCUAUUAUUAUUAUUUUUUUUUUUUAUUUUCAAGUACUUAAGAGCCAUACAAGAAAAAUCAAAUACAAUAUAAGAAUUAUCUAUUUAUAGUUGUCUUCAAAGGAACAGAUUCACCUUCUAGCAUGGGUUUAUUUAUUUCUAACUCGAUUUUUACAUUAUUUUCUUAACAUUCAACAGAUUACUCCUACAUAUGCCCCUCCUCAAGGAGGUACCAUACUGACAAUGUAUGGAUUAGCCUCAAUAAGAAACGCAACAGUAAAAAUUUGCGAUGCACCAUGUGAUAUAAUUAAUUCUUCUGGAAGGUAAGUACUUAACAUCAAUUUAAUGUUUGGCUGCGACUAUUCGCACCCGAGUACCAGAAGUGAGAGGUUGGGAUUAAAAAACAAUUUAACAUAUUAUUGUUGGGUAUGUAAGACAAAAGGAGGUAUCAAUUGAAAGAUAAUUGAAUGGACUAUAUGUUUGUAAACGUAAUUCUUCAGUUGAACUAAAAUAAACUACCACAAAUGACAUCCGAAUUGGAUUUAGUCUAAAGGGACCCUGGUACGCGUAGCUCUAAUUGGACCCUGGUCCUUUGAGACUAAGUAAACUUUUAAGUUUGGGGACUGAGGGAACAUGUUUCUCAUUUGCCAGCGAGCUGUGCAACAUUUUUUAAAUUAUUGAUUUUAAAAUUGAUCUUAAAUAUGUGAACAUUAUUUUUUUUAAAUCGAUGGCUAGCUAAUCAUUGGACUUGAUUAACUAUUAGGUACUAACCGAAUAAAUUUUCUCCCGUUGAGGAAUUCUAUUACGACCUAAAUAGACAAUAAUCUUCCUUGCAAAAUUCAAAAUUAAUGCGUUCAAUUUACAAACAGUGAGUUAUGUUUGAGACGUGUGUCCCCUUCAGAGUGCAUGUGUGACCCCUUCAAAGUGCAAGUGUGUCCCCUUCAGAGUGCACGUGUGUCCCCUUCAGAGUGCACGUGUGUCCCCUGUAGAAACACGUGUGUCCCCUUCAGAGUUCACGUAUGUCUACUUCAGAGUGCACGGGUGUCCCCUUCAGAGUGCACGUGUGUCCCCUGUAGAAACACGUGUGUCCCCUUCAGAGUUCACGUAUGUCUACUUCAGAGUGCACGUGUGUCACCUUCAGAGUGCACGUGUGUCCCCUGUAGAAACACGUGUGUCCCCUUCAGAGUUCACGUAUGUCUACUUCAGAGUGCACAGGUGUCGUGUGAAAAAGAAGGUUACAAGCAUGAUUUUUGGAUAACAAAGGAAUAAAACGGUUUGAAACACGAGUGGUUUAAUCUUCGUUAACGUUGCCUCGUCUAACUGUUACGUCAUCUUGCAUCCACUUUUUUCCAUUGCGACAUUGCUUGGGGUUGCUGUCAGGUGUGGGUUUUCACUAGUAUGUUUGCGCACCGGAUAUUGUAUUUAUUGUGCGCGGUGUGUUUGAGUGUUAGUUAAUGAGCGCCUUUCUCACCUGUCUGUAGUUGACGUAUAUUUAUAGCGAUUAUGACGUAGCUUCACGACUAUCCUCGGCGCAAGUUUAUUUUGAUUCAGCAGUUGAUGAAAGUACCUUGUAGUUAUUGAAUGUGCAUUAUUCUCCUUUUCGUAGCGAGCUGCGUUAUGCGUGUGUUUAAAUUAAAUGACAGCCUGGUAGAUAUGGUUCUGGAUUUAAGUUUACAUUGCUGAUGGAAUAGGACUUGUGAUCAAUUCGGUUUUAUUACAACGUAAGAACGUGUCCAAGAGAGCGAUGAAAGAAAACAAUCAAAUACGGAUCAUGACAGUUGCCAGUUUAAACGUGAUUUGACCUUGUUUCGUGUGAUCUUUUCAUUGAUAAGUUUCACAUUUCUCAAUAUCUUAAUAUGACACACAGCGUCAGCUUGCUAAGCUCCUCUUGGUGCACACAACGCGGGAAUCUUUAAUGCUAAAGACAACCUCAGUUUUAAAAAAAAAAAAUUAAUAUUAAAUAGACUAAAACAUGUAACUUUCCUCUCAGUUUCUUCAAUAAUGUUUCUGUAGAUCGGCAGCGUAAGCUUCGCAGACAGGCGCACGUCCACGGACUACUAUCUGUGGGAACGCUGUUCUGGAGAAUAGCGAAACAAAAAAUACGAACACCAUACCUUAAAUUUUGGAAAUAAUAUCUCAUAACUUUAUAUUUUGAUACCUUGUGUGAACGGUUUGAUUGGAAUAUAUAAAAUAAAAAUCUCUUAUUGCAGUACAAUCACGUGUGAAGUUCAGCCUCUCUAUCCUGCAAAUGAGAGCGCAUCAUGCAAAAUCAUAUUAGAAACGUCCUGUAAAUCGACAAUAAGGAAUCGUUUAACUCUGCCAGAUAGUUUAACAUUUGUGGUAAGUGCAUUUCAUCUCAAAUUGCAUGGGAAUAAAAUCUGAUAUAUAGUAUCAAUGGAUCCAUAAAGUAUUGUGAAUCGGAGACUCUCGAUGUUUAGGAAAUUAGGAAAUCAUCUUGUUAUGUAUAUAUGUAUACAUGUAUGGCAUCUGUCCGUCCGCGGGAGACGAUAGAUUAUCUUUAUUGCUUGCAGCUCUUGGUGUGGCUGGUGAGACCAAUCCUCGAAUGGCAGUCUCUGUUACAUUUAUAUGUAUACAUAUAUGUGGUAAAUUGGGCAAUUUCAAAAAACAAAAGUUGCAUGACGUAACAAGUACAAUCACAGAAAUAAAGCCAUUAUACAUAAACAAUAAAACUCAUACGUUUUUAAAAAAUAAACUUGAAACGGAAACAGAUUGUUGGAAAGUCUCCAUUUAACAUUUUGCGGUACAAUUGAUUGAUAAACGGAUGAGUUUAUCAAAGAAUUUAAUUAAACUACAUAAGUGAGAUCACAAAAUUCAAAGCCAAUAAAGAAGCUAUUCGAAUUUCUUGCUAGGGAAUUUUUUAAGCAAAAAUAAUGAGAAUUGAGUGAAACCAAAUUGGUGCCAGGCAAUAAUUAAAGGAAAACUAGUUUGUUACCAACACUCAGAUCGUUACCGACAUCCAGAUUGUUACUGACAUCCAGAUUGUUACUGACAUCCAGAUUGUUACUGACAUCCAGAUUGUUACCGACAUCCAGAUUGUUACUGACAUCCAGAUUGUUACUGACAUCCAGAUUGUUACCGACAACCAGCUUGUUACUGACAUCCAGAUUGUUACCGACAUCCAGAUUGUUACUGACAUCCAGAUUGUUACCUACAUCCAGAUUGUUACUGACAUCCAGAUUGUUACCGACAUCCAAAUUGUUACUGAUAUCCAGAUUGUUACUGACAUCCAGAUUGUUACCGACAUCCAGAUUGUUACCUACAUCCAUAUUGUUACCGACAUCCAGAUUGUUACCGACAUCCAGAUUGUUACCGACAUCCAGAUUGUUACCGACAUCCAGAUUGUUACCUACAUCCAGAUUGUUACUGACAUCCAGAUUGUUACCGACAUCCAAAUUGUUACUGAUAUCCAGAUUGUUACUGACAUCCAGAAUGUUACCGACAUCCAGAUUGUUACCUACAUCCAUAUUGUUACCGACAUCCAGAUUGUUACCGACAUCCAGAUUGUUACCGACAUCCAGAUUGUUACCGACAUCCAGAUCGUUACCGACAUCCAGAUUGUUACCGACAUCCAGAUUGUUACUGACAUCCAGAUUGCUACCGACAUCCAGAUCGUUACCGACAUCCAGAUUGUUACUGACAUCCAGAUUGUUACUGACAUCCAGAUUGUUACCUACAUCCAGUAGCGUGCAGACCACACCGGGGUUACACCAUUUCUGUGUAUGGCACCAAAUAGAAAAAAGGGGCAUAUUUAUAGAGCACACACUGCUCGGUUUAAGCGAAUUUCAUAAAAGGAUAAACGAUCACACGUACAUUGUCCCACACAAGUAGCCACUGCCAAUGCGUGCUUUUAUUAAAACUUCAUGGUUGUUGUGUCAGGAAUGAGGUGGACCCAUACUUACAUCAGCACACCACCGUUUUGACAAAGAUUCAACACCGACUGAGGUUUCCCGGUAACUUUCGUAAGUGACAGGAAGCUAUAUUUAUCUAAAUUCGGAGAAAUGAAAGUUUCUAUUGAUACCCAAAAAAGAUAUGCUUGGACGAUUCUAACUACACGAAUCGGAUCGCUAAAAAAUAAAAAACUUUCAAAUAUGACUUUUUUACCUAUUUAAAAUGUUAACAAAAUAAUAUUUUAAAAAUUUUCAAUUUAUGGAAAGCCAGAAAUACUGUUUUAAAGUUCUUAAAUACAUUCACCUCCUGACCUUCAACAAUUUCUAUUUUGUUGUUAUUAUUUUUACACUAUGAAAAUAUCUUUAAGAAGAUAAAACCAUCUUGUAAGUCGAAAAAGGGAGGGGGGGGUUGACAUCAUGCGCUUACCGUACCGGCCGGGUGACACCACUGCCUACUCCCGAUUGUUACCUACAUCAAAAUUGUUACCUACUCCCAAAUUUUUCCCUACUCCCAGAUUGUUAUCCUACUCACAGAUUGUUACCUAAUCCAGGAUUGUUACCUACUCAAAUACUGUUACCUACUCCGAGAUUGUUACCUAAUCCAGGAUUGUUACCUACUCCCAGAUCUUUAUUUAAUCCCAUAUUGUUAUCUAGACCCAGAAUGUUACCUACUAUUAGAUUGUUGACUACUACUAGAUUGUUACCUACUAACUGAUUUGUACCUAGACCAAAAUUGCUACCUACACCCAGAUUGUUACCUUGACCCAGAUGUUACCUAGACCAAGAUAGCUACUUACUACUAGAUCAUUUCCUACUACUAUAUUGUUACCUUGACCCAGAUUGUAACCUACUACUAGAUUGUUACCUACCACUAGAUUGUUUAAUACUAACAGAUUGUUACAUAGUCCUAGAUUUUUACCUACAACCAGAUUGUUAUCUAGAAAAACAUUGUUACUUACUAAUAGAUUUUUAACUACUACUACAUUGUUACCUACAAUAACAUUGUUACCUAGACCCAGAAUGUUACUUCCCCCUGAUUGUUACCUAGACGUAGAUUGUUACCUAGGCCAAGAUUGUUACCUACUACUUAAUUGUUACCUGCUACCAGAUUGUUACCUACUACCAGAUUGUUACCUACUACUUAAUUAUUACCUACUACUAGAUUGUUACCUACUACCAGAUUGUUACCUACUACCAGAUUGUUACCUACUACCAGAUUGUUACCUACUACCAGAUUGUUACCUACUACCAGAUUGUUACCUACUACCAGAUUGUUACCUACUACCAGAUUGUUACCUACUAACAGAUUGUUACCUACUACCAGAUUGUUACCUACUACCAGAUUGUUACCUACUAACAGAUUGUUACCUACUAACAGAUUGUUACCUACUACCAGAUUGUUACCUACUACCAGAUUGUUACCUACUACCAGAUUUUUACCUACUACCAGAUUGUUACCUACUACCAGAUUGUUACCUACUACCAGAUUGUUACCUACUAACAGAUUGUUACCUACUACCAGAUUGUUACCUACUACCAGAUUGUUACCUACUACCAGAUUGUUACCUAUGCGUAGAAGGUUACAUAAACCCACAUUUUCACCUUGAACCAGAUUGUUACCUACUACUAAAUUUUUACAUACUACUAAAUUUUUGUCACUUACAAUCAGAUUGUUACCUACACCCUUAUUGUUAACUACUUCUAAAUAGUUUCCUACUAUUAUAUGGUUACCUAGACCCGGAUUGUUAUCUAAACCCAGAUUGUUAUCUAAACCCAGAUUGUUAACUAGACCCAAAUGUUACCUAAACCCAGAUUGUUACCUACACCCUGAUUGUUAUCUAGACCCAGAUUGUUACCUACUACUAGCUUUUCAAAAUUACUUCUUAAUUUUUACCUACUUCUAAAUUGUUACCUACUACUAGAUUGUUACCUAGACCAAGAUUGUUACCUACUGUUAAAUUAGUACUACUUAAUUUUUACCUACUAUUAAAUUUUUACCUAGAUUCAAAUUGUUACCUACUACUAGAUUGUUAACUACUACUAGAUUGUUACCUACUACUAGAUUGUUACCUACUACUAGAUUGUUACCUAAUACUAGAUUGUUACCUACUACUUGAUUGUUAUCUACUACUAGAUUGUUACCUACUACUAGAUUUUUAACUACUACUAGAUUAUUAGCAAGACCCCAGAUUGUUACCUAGGGGGGGCACUGCCCCCCCCCCUGCACUGAUUGAUUAAAAAAAAAUUUUUAGACAAAAAUAGACACAAAAUGUAUUAAAGUAAAGAGAAAAUAAAGAGAAAGUAACUAAGCUGAUGCUGAUCUCGUUUCACUGGGUAAUUAUUUUUAUAUUUUCAUUAUUAAUUAUUUUAUGUAUCACUGUAUGUUGUGAGCCAAAUUUUUUUUUAGAUCCAAAUAAGGAUAUUAUUUGUCAGAUGGAUAAUUCAGUAUAGCAAACUAUUGAAGAAAACAAAAAGAAACUGUAUCCUAUUAUUUCAACAAUAUUAUUUUGCGGAACAUAUGAUUUGGCAAUUCGUGGGGAAGAUAGCACCAAAGGAAAUGUCGAACAGCUUUAUGCGUAUCGAAUUGAGGGAGGAGACAGUAUUUAAAAAAAAAAAACAUUUUGAUACAGCUGUUGAAAAUGCACGUUACACAUCACACCGAACGCAGAAUGAUUUGAUCAACUUGUUUGAACAAGCUCUGCGAGAAGACAUUGUAAAAGCUGCCAACAAUGCUGUUGGAUUCUCGAUCAUAGCCGAUUAAACAGCAGCUAUCUCAGAAACAGAAGAGUUGUCACUGGGAUUCCGAUUUGUAGAUACGUCAAGUGAGAAGGCUAUGAUUCGUGAGGAAUUCCUUGGAUUUUUUCCGCUGAAAGAUAUGGACGCCGCCACGAUAUCUGAUUGUAUUAUUCAACAUUGCAAAACAUUUGGUCUUCUCCUUUAUAAUCUGCUAGGUCAAGGUUAUGAUGGGUGCUCGACAAUGGCCGGAAAAGAAAAUGGUGUUCAGGCAAAAAUACGAAAUGCUAUUGGUACUAUCAAACCAAUUAUUAAAUUUUUUCGUGAAAGCCCAACAAGGAGGUCCUCUGUCCCAAAUAUUCCUCUUCUGUGUGAGACAAGAUGGACAAGCAGGUAUAAAAGUAUUCGGAUUUUUUCUAGUAAAUUUGAAGAUAUUUAUUGUCAACUGGAAGAAUUUUCAUUGCAUGCAAGUGGAACUACACGACAGGCUGCACAUCAGUUAUAUUGUUCAUCAAAGUCCAGCACGUUUUUAUUUUGUGUCAAUAUUAUUUCGCAGUACUCUGCCAUACUGGAACCAGUUACUCAGGCUCUUCAAGCUGUUCAAGUUGAUCUUCCAGAAGUCCAACUGCAAGUUCAAAACCUGCUCAGUGUAGUAAAACUUCACCGAGGUGAUUCCGAUAACUAUUUCAGGGAUAUUUUUGAGAAAACAGUACAACUCGCACAGACGGUGGAUAUUGAACUCAUUAUCCCAAGACAGUAUGGAAGACAAAAGCAUCGAAGUAAUCCAGGAAACAUAAGUGUUGAAGAGUACUUCAGACAAACAUUUUACAUUCCAUACUUAUUCUCUAAUUAGCUCAGGGGAGACUCGAUUUUGUGAAGCCAGCAGUGCACAAUUUAGCUUAGUGUUGCUACAUCCUUCAAAAUUGUGCAAACAGUAGACAGUGUAUCCUUAAACUGUUGACGGUUUAGUUGAUACCACAUUGAUAAUUUGGAAAGUGAAGCCUUGAGUUGGUUUGAUUUUUAGAAAACGCGAGAAUACAAAAGUAGUCAAGCUUUCAUCGACUUGAUACCUUUUAAAAAGUUUUAUCCGGCUGCCAGGUAUGCCUUACUAGUUUUGCUAACAUUACCAGCAACGACAUGUACUGUAGAGCGAUCGUUCAGCACAUUGCGUCGUGUAAAAACAUGGCUUAGAUCUACAAUGUCAGAUGGAGGUCUAUCCGGGUUGUGCAUGUUAGCCGUACACAGAGACAAAGUGAACUACAACAAAAAAGACUUUAUGGACAAAAUUGUAGAUAUGUUUGGUAACGAUAACAGACGACGCCAGUUCUUGUUUAAAGAAUAAAUUUUAUUUUAAAGUUAUGUUGUAAUAUUUUUGCUAUAUACAUAUAUUGUGUUAAUAAAAAAUGAUUUGCUACAGUAUGGCCUUCAUUACUACAGUGUCCUGUCUAUUCGUUCACCAAACAAAUACGCUAAAGUAAAUUAAAAUUACAUUAAAACAUUAUUAAAAAUAUUUUGCCCCCUCCCCCCUAGAAAAUUUUCUGCGGGCGCCCAUGGACCCAGAUUAUUUCCUACACCCAGAUUGUUACCUGGUCCCAGAUUGUUACCUAGAUCCAGAUUGUUAACUACUACUAGAUUGUUUCCUACUACUAGAUUGUUACGUAGACCCAGAUUGUUACCUAGUGCUAAGUUUUUACCUAGUACAAAAUUUUUACCUACUACUAGAUUGUUAACAAGAUUAAGAUAUUUAUCUACACCCAGAUUGUUACCUACAUAGAUAUUGUUACCUACACCGAGAUUGUUACCUUAACCCAGAGGCAAACAGGCCCACGGUACAUUUUUGGGAGUGUUCUUUUUCGGCCUAGGCCACUUUUGUGGGGGCAUUGGCUACCUGUACCAUAUUUAAAAAAAAAAAAUGUUUGGGGAGCCUGGGCCGCUUUUGAGCUGAUAUUUUUGACGUUUCUUCAUUCCCCUCCAUCAUUUACAGACACCAAGCAUUGAAUCGCGAUCCCCAAGUAAUGGAUCUGAUUCUGGAGAGACGUUGCUCGAGUUCAAAGGUUGUUAUCUUGAUGUUGGAAGCAGUACUCAGGUUCGUUUAGGUGGUAGCAGUUGUAACAUCACGGAGUUAAGGUAAGAAGUUGUUCGUAAGAUAACUUAUGUUAUUAAAUUAUUAAAGUAAGAAAUGUGGGUAAUUGAAAUAAAACAACAAUAAAUUUACACAAAUUGAAUUGACUGUAAUAUUUGAAAAACCUAAUUCUAAAUCUCAUGAUAUUUCCCUCAUUGAUUUUUGUUUAAAUAUGCUUUUACUACUCUGAUAUAAAUUAAUGGCAAAAAUAAUUCAAUGGUGAAUUAUUUUUGUCACAAAUUGUAUGCAACAUAAUUGAGCAACACAACAUGAGGUCCCAAGUGACCAUGUACGUUUUUUGUAAUAUGCACAUACACACUUUAAAUAUCAUAUGAUGAUUUUCAUACAAAUUUCAUUUUCUUUCCUUUAGUAGAGACAGGAUUAAAUGUAUAACUGGACCAAAACCAGUGAAUCAUAACGUUUGUGUUAGUGCCCAAGUGAAAGUUGAUAACUUUUCCUACAUAUCUACAAACCCGUUCUGUUAUGAUUCAGACCACUCUAUUGUCAAAGAAAAGUGAGUUAAAAAGAAUUAAAAAAAGGAUAAAAUUGUCAAUUGUUAUAACUUAUUUACAUUUUAACCCACAUUUUAGAAGUCUUUAAAAUUGAGAAAUUCAUUCUAAAAAUGAUUAUUAUGUGUUUACAAAAACUCUAGCAUUCGUGAAAUAGUUUUUAAUACGAUUUUUAUUCAAUGUCUUUUAUUUUUAUUUCAUGGCCAGGACUACAAUUGUAGCGCCAGCCUCAAAUGUUGAGAAUGAAGGUGGUCUGACAAAAACUCCCGCCCUUAAAGGCUCUCACGUGAGUAGACCUAUAAUAUCCAUUAAAAUAAGUCACACAAUUUCAUCAUUAACAUUUUAUUAUGACGCAUGGCUAUUUUGAAAUUCUUAAGAUUUAAUUUGACAACAGGAGGAGAAUUCCUUUAGCUUUAAAAAAAAUCAUUUUUGACAUAACAUGUACUUGAAUUUGUUAAUAGUAGGCUUUACCUAAAAUGGGAAGAACAGAAAAAAAAGCGUUACGCCCUGAGUGGAUAAAAGAGAAACGAAUUUUUGCUGCGUGACUUUAGAACUUUCCGCUGGUCUGCCUUUCCCAUGAUUACCAUUAAAAAAUCGAACGUAUUGAGAGUCACACGAGACAAUUCACUGAUCCCUCGGAGCUGUUAUCGUACCGUUGGUGAUUAGAAGCAAGAUGCGAAGCCCCGCUGAGGAUUCAUCUAUUGGACUUUGAGCAUCCCUCCACCGCCGACGUGGCCAGUCAAGUAAAGCAUAAAAGCCAAGCAACGCAUUUUGACUUAGUUAUGAAAUAGUUCAGGCUAAACAACCACCUCAGUUCAUGGAAUCAAAGUGUGACAUUUAUUCCCAAGGAGCUCUGAUCAUCAAAGUGACUUCGAUAUUAACUGUAAUCGAAUUUUAAGUAUUCAGAUUUAAUGCAAAUAAUUAAUCGAAUACAACUAUUCAAUACUUUUUUUUACAGAAACAAAAUAAUAUAUUCGUUUAAAUAACUGCUGCCUAAAAUUAGACGACUAAACCACACGAAGAAAGGAACAAAGACACAUCGGAAGACAUUUCACAUGACACAUCACAAGACAUAUUAUCACAUGAAACAUCACAAGACAGUAUAUUGCUUGAAGACACGACUGCAUAUUUCGAUUACACGAUGUCUUGUAUGACAUAUAUGAAGUACAGUUAGAUUUUGUCUUGUACUACACAAUGAAUGACAAUGAGGUUGUGUCUCUAGGACAUCAUGAAUGAAAAUGAGGUUUAGUCUUUAUGACAACAUGAAUGACAAUGAGGCUGUUUAUUGUAAGACACCAUGAAUGACAAUGAGGCUGUUUAUUGUAAGACACCAUGAAUGACAAUGAUGUUGUUUAUUGUAAGACACCAUGAAUGACAAUGAGGUUGUUUAUUGUAAGACCCCAUGAAAUGACAAUGAGGCUGUUUAUUGUAAGACACCAUGAAUGACAAUGAGGCUGUUUAUUGUAAGACACCAUGAAUGACAAUGAGGUUGUUUAUUGUAAGACACCAUGAAUGACAAUGAGGUUGUUUAUUGUAAGACACCAUGACUGACAAUUAGGUUGUCUCUUGUAGGACGCUUUGAGGGACAAUGUGGUUAUUUCUUGACUGAAACGUAUUCAUCAGUGGGGGUGGGGGGAGAGUUUUAUGAUCAAUGAAUGUACAACAUAUUUAUUAAAUAUCUGAAUUAGUUUAGCGUUAAACUGUGUUAAUUUUUCUGUUGGUGAGAAACAAAUAAUUAUUAAUUUACUAUGUAUUUCAAAACUGAAAUUAAUAUUCGUGGAUACUGGUGCAGAACUUUUCAAUGUAGCAUAUUAUUAUUUUAAUGAUAUUGUUAUUAUUAUUAUUUUAAUGAUAUUGUUAUUAUUAUUAUUUUAAUGAUAUUGUUAUUUUUAUUAUUAUUUUAAUGAUAUUGUUAUUAUUAUUAUUUUAAUGAUAUUGUUAUUAUUAUUAUUUUAAUGAUAUUGUUAUUAUUAUUAUUUUAAUGAUAUUGUUAUUAUUAUUAUUUUAAUGAUAUUGUUAUUAUUAUUAUUUUAAUGAUAUUGUUAUUAUUAUUAUUUUUUGUUUUGAAGGAAACUAAAAUUGAUUCAUUUUCCCCGCUCUUUGGACCUGUUUCCGGUGGCACGAGAUUGACGUUCAAAACUCAACAUCUCAACGUCACUACUCGUAUCAAAAUUACCUUGGGCAAUGGCAGUUGUAGUGGCGUCUUCACAAAUAAGUAAGAAAGUGUUCUUUAAACGUUUGACGACAUUCAGUUUGAGUCCAGAAAUAAAAUGUACUCUCGCACCAACGCAAUCAGUGGCGUCCAGUAAAAGACGUCACGGUAAAUAAAGGGCACGGGUUGUGAUGGAGUUCCACUUUGAAUUUAACGUGUUUGUUUGUUUUGUUCGUUUUGCUUGUUGAUCUUUUAAUCUGGCUCAGGUCCCUUAAAUAAAGACAUCACGUAAAUUGUUCCAACACUUUUUUACUGUACGAACUUUAAAAAAAAAAAAUUGUGAUUUUAACGUGCGUUUACAUAGCGCUUGAUUUGUUUACCUCAUCUUGUUUGUUUGUUUGUUUGUUUUUGUUUUGUUGGUUUUGAAAAUAAAAAUCAAUCUCAGUUCCUUUUAAUCGAGACAUCAAGUAAAUGAUUUCAGCACUUUUUUUUUCACUUUUUACUGCAGGAACUUUAAAAAAUGGUUUUAAAGUGAUGUUAAAAAAAUCUCAGGUUUUGAAGUCAUGUUUAAAAAAAUCUCAGGUUUUGAGGUCUUGUUUAAAAAAGAUAUACGGUUUUGAAGUCAUGUUUUAAAAUAAUCUUAGGUUUUGAAGUCAUAUUUAAAAAAUAUUAGGUUUCGAAGUCAUGUAUAAUUAUAAAUCUGCAUUAUUAUCAAUUCAACUCAAUAAAUAUUGUAGAGUAUUAUUUACGAAUUUCUGUCCAGCCAAACGAUAACAUGCAUCGCUGGUCGCCACGUCAAUGCCACGACUGAAUGUGUAAAGGUUCUGAUCACCCUAAAUGAUGUACUACAGAAUGUGCAGCUACAGCCUUUCUGCUAUAAACCAAAUCCUGUUGUUACACAAGUUGAAGUAGGCACAAUUCUUCACAGGUUUGUAUAUCUAAAAUCCUUAUCAAGUGGGUUAUAAACAAGGACAGAACUACAGUAAAGUAUUGCCAUAAAGAAUAGACGUAGAUAACAACUCAAGGCCCUACAACUAUUUCGCCUGGAGAAAAUGAAUUGUCAUUUUUAUUAAUAAUGUGUUAAAACUUCUAAAACAUGUAUUAUUGAUGGACAUAUUGUGUGCAUUUUUGUGACAGCGAAGACAUAAACGUGACAGUUGCUGGAUCAAACUUUGACAGUGUCGCAUCGUCGAAAAUUGUUAUAUCUUUCCAUGACCAUAUCACAAACAAAUCUUUGGUAAGUGAAACUCAAAUUAAAUAUCCAUUUUCUUAAAAAGUAACUUUUUUUUGUCAAUGUACAUGUUCCAUUUUAUCUUGUCAAUGUCGUAAGUUAUUUCCUUGAUAAAAAGAGAGAAAAAAAGGAAACAAAAGUUCCAUGAACUAUAAGUUACUACUGAAUUUCAAUUCCGCUCACAUUGUAAAUGGUAACAAAUCAGACCGUUAACAUGAUUGCGAUUUGGUCCCAAGCAAACGUAAUAAUGAUAAUACUAUUCAGCGUGACAGUAAGAAAAAUAAAUAUCGCAAAAUACAUCACAUUCAUUUGCAUUGAUGUUUAUAAAUUUAUGUGUAAAUAUAUGUUUCAAGAAUAGCUAUUAAUUAAUUUUUUUUUAAAUGACCAUUGAAGAUUUUAAAUGACCAAUGUAUGAAGAUUUUAUCAAGGUAACAGAAACAUAUUUUUUUUAAUGUAGAUUGUCAACCUUCGUUAACAAAAUUAGAGCGACACACCAAAAUUAUUGCACACAAAAUAAAAAUCAUUGAUUCACACUUCACACACUAAAUAAUAUUUUCGGUUUUGAUGACGUCAAAUGUAAUUGUUAUCACUCGAAUAGAUUAAAUCAGAUCAGGGGUCACCAAACUACGGCCCAUGACAUCAGUUCACCAGGCCUGCCGACGGUACUUGAACUUGGUGGAUAAAAACGUAUGGAACACGAGACGUUGUGAUACAAUUUAAAAUUAAAUAUUAUGUUUAGAAUGCUAGGACAUCUUCACAUGUGCGGAGAAAUCCUGGAAGCUAUACGCCUUAAUUUACCAUUUUCAAGUUUAAAGUAUUGUAUCUAGAUUUUCUUGUAUCUAUUAUUGAAUAGUAAUGUUUGCUUAUAUCGCCCAAUCCCAAGCCAUACACGGGCUCGUGGUAGCUCCGGCUACGCUCUGACGUUACCAUGGUUAUCAACCAUGAUUUACAUGGAAUACCAAAACUUAGUUUUUCGCCAUUUACCCCCAGAGCUUUCCUUCUGGCUUGCAAGUAUUGUACAAGAUGAUUAAGCGGCCCACGCUCACCAUUUUGUCAGUUAUCCGGCCAGCUGUGAACAAAAUUUGGUGAACCCUGGAUUAGAUCAUAAAUUAUUACACUUGCCAUCUAAUUUUGAGUAACGUGAGGCUAGGAAGGCUUUAAAAAAACCCAAACGAUUUACAAACAUUUUUAGAUUUCAAAUCAAAAUCUAGGGACACGAGACAUUAUCAGCGAUACGCUGAUUGAUAUUUAUUUAUUUAGGCAUUUUUAUAUAGCGCUUAUCAUAAAGCUCUAAGCGCUUUACAAUUAUUAAAACAUGUAAACUAAGUAAAUAAAAAUGAGACACUAGGAUAGUAACUACUAUACUAUAGAAACAAUGAAAAUGGCUAUAAAACGAGGACACUUUGACACUUCAGGAUCAACCCGAAACAGAAAAUGAGGUAGGGCAAGGAGGGUGCAUCACAGGUCAUAGGCGGACCUAAACAGAUGAGUUUUAAGGGACUUUUUGAAAAUGGACGAGGUUUCACUAUGACGUAUAUGGAAGGGGAGCUGGUUCCAGAACGUGGGCCCAUGGAAGCAGAAGGAGCGUUCACCGAUGGUCUUAGUUUUAGUUCUUGGGAUUGAGAGGGUUCUACUGUCAAUGGAAGAACGUAGUUGUCUUGUGGGGAUGUAAGGAAGCAACAGUUCAGAGAGAUAGACAGGAAAGUGAGGGUCAGUGAACGAGUUGAAGCAAAGAUUGGCAGACUUGUAUUUGAUGCGAGAGGAUAUUGAUAUCCAAUGGUUUAUUUGAAUGUAUUGUGUCUAUUUAUAAACUAUUUCUUGUCAUUUACUCAAAUCUAACAAUAACGUCCACAGAGUCUGAGCGGCGGGUGCUUUCCAGGAAACAGAAACGAAAGUAUGACGUGUGUGAUCUCUGACCUUUACAACAUCACAGAGGAAUACUUUAAGGCCAAUGUAUCAGGCGAUUAUCUGGAUGCGGAGCUGGCAAUAGAGAUGGACAAUAAUUAUUUCAAUAUCAACGAGUCAUUGCGCAAGCUCAAACUGAAGAUUUAUCGAAGUCCGAAAUUUGACAAUGAUACAGUACAAAAAACUAAACUAUCCCUAAACGACCCCAUACUUGUUUUUUCGGUAAUGAACCUACUGGAUAAAUUGUUUACGUUAUUUGCUACAUCUUAAUACAAAAUUAUGGAUACGGGGAAUUGCUAAUAAUUAUAAUUUUUAGCUGACAUUUAACCUCGUUUAGUAUUAUUAUUUUAUUAUGUGCAGUGAUGAGAAAAUAGAAACUAUUUUAUCGACGUCAUUUGUAAACGUUUCAAUACAAAGUAAAUGUCAUUUAAAUAUCCAUAUCAACAGGUGCCGAAUCUAACUAUGUUCAAUCGUGAGGACAUAACUGUAAAAGUGGGUAACCAGGUGUGUCGUAUAGUUAUGUUGACAGAGAGUAGUCUGAAGUGUGACGCCGGAAACGCCAUUGGUAGUCUCCAGAAGAAACAAGCUGAUUUGGACCGGCAGCCAAAGAAUGAUACAGGGAGCAACGCAAGCUCCGACGGCAAUGCACUCGAUGGAUGCAGCCGUCUUCGGCCCGAUGAACGAGACCUUCAGUGUGCCGUGACAUUACAGAUAGGCAACCAAGUGACAGAACUCGGUCACGUGACGAUAUCGCUGGAUCCCCUGUCUGAAACUGUCAAGACGAUGGCCAUGGUUGGCACGUGCCUGGUGGCCAUCGUCAUAGUGUCUCUAUUAGUUCUAACAGUUGUUCUGCUCACGCGGCUGAAAAGGGAAAAAUUGAAGAAAUGUCAAACUAUCGGUGGACCAGGCGUGGAUCUCAUUUCUUCAGGUGACUGUCAUGGUUGUGUUUAUUUAGCUUAGUUCCACUAGACUAUAUCUCAUUUCUUCAGGUAACUGUCAUGGUUGUGUUUAGAUACCUUACUUGCAUUAGGCUAUCUCUCAUUUCUACAUGUAACUGUCAUGGUUGUGUUUAGAUAGCUUACUUGCAUUAGACUAUCUCUCAUUUCUACAGGUAACUGUCAUGGUUGUGUUUAGAUAGCUUACCUGCAUUAGACUAUCUCUCAUUUCUACAUGUAACUGUCAUGGUUGUGUUUAGAUAGCUUACUUGCAUUAGACUAUCUCUCAUUUCUACAUGUAACUGUCAUAGUUGUGUUUAGAUAGCUUACCUGCUUUAGACUAUCACUCAUUUCUACAGGUAACUGUCAUGGUUGUGUUUAAUUACCUUACUUGCAAUAGACUAUCUCUCAUUUCUACAGGUAACUGUCAUGGUUGUGUUUAGAUAGCUUACUUGCAUUAGACUAUCUCUCAUUUCUACAGCUAACUGUCAUGGUUGUGUUUAAUUAGCUUACUUGCAUUAGACUAUCUCUCAUUUCUACAGGUAACUGUCAUGGUUGUGUUUAAUUAGCUUACUUGCACUAAACAUUUUAUUAUAUUAUUAUAAAAGCUUGCCCGCUAAGCUUCAAGAAGCUAAUUAACAUUAAUCUACAUGGUGCACAUUUUCACUUUUACCGUCCAAAAGUUUGUGUUUGCAACUCAGGAACAGUAGCCAUUGAAAAAAAUACCAAUUACAAAUGCGUAUCUUUUUAAAAGCUGAGGAAUUUCGUAUGUAUUACGUCAAUAGAAAAAAAUAAUCAUUAAAUUUAUUUGCUAAAAUAGGAGUAGUUUUGUGAGCUAAGAACACUAACUAUUCUGGAGAAAAAAAAAAUCAGACGUCACCAAGUAAAUCUGCUUAAGUAACAACACUUUUCCAAUAGCACAUGUCAUCUUAAUUAUUUAUUUUUGUUUGUUUGUUUUUCCAUAUGUGAGGGGCCCACGAUCAAUUUCUUGAUCAUCUUGGCCCCUGGUUUGAAUUCAGGGUUAGCUUUCUCUUAGAGGAGUUGCCUUCCAAGGCUAACGAGUCCCAUCCAUCCGGGGGUGCUCGACUGGGCUUUGGCUGGAAUUGAACUCCAGACCACCAACUUGAGAUUUGCUCAGUUUAGUUUAGACAAUUCGGGUGUUGCUGUUAUUCCUUUUUUAAAAAAAAAAAUUUACUGGAAUCACGCUGAACGAACGACCUCAGCUUUCUCAAUAAGUGGAAUCUUUUCCAGGUCCUUAUUUAUUAGGGAAAAAAAAGGUGGGGGGGGGGUGUACAAAUAUCCAUUGUUUCGGAAUUAUCUACAUUACAAAUACACUAUUUAAUUAUAUACAGGGUGAUGUCACUUAUUACUUCAACACUUACCUUUGACCCCAAGCAAUGCCGGAAAUGGCCUUAAAAUUGUGGGGAUAAAUAUUUGCUGAAAAUCUCUAAAAAAUUAUAUAGAGUAGCUCUUUUUAUUUAUUUUUUUUUUUUUUAAUUAUUCUUGUCUUGUUAAUAUUCUCUUAAUAAAAAUCUCAACGCAUUCUGUUCAAAAGAUUAUUUUUUUUGUCUUUUAAAGUAUGAUUUUAUCAAAAUUCUGUUCCUGUUUCAACUCUACCGGCUUAUUAAAUAAGGUGAAAUCUUUAAAAAAAUUAUAUAUAGUAGCUCUUUUUAUUUAUUUUUUUUUUUUUUAAUUAUUCUUGUCUUGUUAAUAUUCUCUUAAUAAAAAUCUCAACGCAUUCUGUUCAAAAGAUUAUUUUUUUUGUCUUUUAAAGUAUGAUAUUAUCAAAAUUCUGUUCCCGUUUCAACUCUACCGGCUUAUUAAAUAAGGUGACAUCUUUAAGUCUUAUGCUAACCUCAGAAUUAUGUUAUUUAUUGGACCUCAUUGUCAACAGACACUAACUGCGCGCAUGAAUAUAUAGUGCACGGCCAUGCUUGUUGAUGUUUUACUGCGUCGCUCCACUGGUUCGUGGGUUAAACUCGGUUGGAACGUCAUAAUCAAAUGUUUGCGGUGCGAUUAAGAGAGCUUUUUGUCAAACACAGGAUAUUCACUCAAGGUCACCCCAAGGGCGUUUUCCUCCAUGACUUUGACAAUAUAUCCAUCUCAUAAUCUUUACAAAAGACAAGACAGAAAAGCCCGAGUUAACUCUGCACCUGGCGUCCCCCCCCCCAUACAUCCCCUGCACCUUCUGCGCCAGAACUUAUCAUGCCAUAAUUGGCCCGAUCAGCCAUCUACGCACCCACCGACAGACUCAGCGCCGGCAAAAGGCGGAUGUUGAAAAAGGACAAUGGUAAACUUUCGACAGACGAUCGAUCAUCUUAUCAUCUUAUCAUCUAUUAGACGAGCCGAAGAAAAGAUGGUAACAUCGAACGUUUUGUAGAAAUUAAGUUGUAUUAUUAUUUUAUACUACAAAUUACCCCCACAAAACAAUGACGGGGGAAAUGCGUGAUUUAACAAAUAUGCACUCAAGUAAGGAAGUAUAUAAGAAUCCAAAAUAGUGCAACCUUCUGGGAAUUUUAUUAAAUAUAUAUAUAUUAUAUAUACAUACCCGGAGACAAACUGUGUAAUUUCACCAAGCUCACUAAAAACAAUAUAAUUGUAUCUGAGACAGGUUUAGGUGAGGCUGCCAUGCCAACCUUACAGCAAAUACUGGAAUCUGUUGACGUGGACAAGAGUAGACAGGAGGAGAUGAGAAAACUGAUCUUUGAUUUUGACAAACUGACCCUUGGAAAAUGUAUUGGAUCAGGUAGAUUUUUAGUAUAGUUUUUAAAUGAUAAUGCCUAUGUCGGCUAAAAAUUCAAGCAUUGCUAAUAGGAUUCGGCAUAUCCCCCACCCCCCCUCCCGAAACUUUGUUUAGGAAUGAGAUAGUCAACAUUAGGACUUUCUUUACAAAUCUUAUUUUAAUUUUAAUAAAUGUUUCAUUUUGUAACACUUUUCUUAGAAAUAUGAAACACGGUGAUUCAAAGUCUCAAAGGAUUUGUUUCAUUAUAGUUAUAAAUUAUUGUUUAGCUUUAUGCGCCUAGAUUUCAAACCCCAAAUAUGAUCAUAAAGGCCAUAACCAAUGGUAAGUCGGCCAUAUUGUUUAGAUCUCAUUUGGGGGGUAUUGCACAUUCAAUAUAUGAGUCUUUCAAAAAAUUGUCUGAUGUAACACUGCAGAUAUAAGUCUUUCCAAAUUGUAUCGUACAUCGCACAAGAUAUAAGUCUUUCAAAAUUUCAUCAUAUAUCACUGCAGAUGUAAUUCUUUCCUAAUUGUAUCACAUAUCACUGUAUAUGUAAGUCAUUCCUAAAUGUCUCAUAUAUCACGGUAGAUAUAAGUCAUUCCUAAAGGUCUCAUAUAACGCUGCAGAUAUCAGUCUUUCCUAAUUGUAUCACAUAUCACUGUAUAUGUAAGUCAUUCCUAAAUGUCUCAUAUAUCACGGCAGAUAUAAGUCAUUCCAAAAUGUCUCAUAUAACACUGCAGAUAUCAGUCUUUCCUAAUUGUAUCAUAUAUCGCUGCAGAUAUCUUUCAUACAUACUAUUUCAAAUAAAAAUGAACGCAUGGCAGCAUUCAUAAAGACUUUCAGGUACGAUUCUGAAUGCAUUUCAAAUCAAAACGAGUUCUUUCACUUCUCAGGUAAUUUUGGAACUGUCUUCGAUGGCCUUUUAGAGAUUAGCCCUGAGUUACCAGCCGAGAAAGUGGCAGUUAAGAUGUUGCAAGGUAAGGACGUGUACACAACGAACCUACAUUAUUUUUCCUUUAUCACCUCACAUUGACUGUAAUGGCUGUGUUAACAAACUGAUGGCAUGUAUUAGCCGAUUCAUCAUCGUAGCAGUCAAAAUGGAGUUGAAUCUCUUUAGAGACUUGCCUAGGAAUGGGAAAUAUCUUUAACAAUACGCAUAAGCCAAUUUACCCCUUGGGAACCAGAUGAUUCCAAAAUAUUAACAAGUGCAUCUAAAACUUAUUCCGCUACCUCCCCCCCCCCCAACCACAUACAGACACAUGUCAUGUUCACACCACACAACCCAUAUUUAGACUUGCAGCGUUUUAUGGCAACAUAUGUUUCCUUUACAUUCUUUCAAAUUUAUUGGAAGAUUACUAUACUGUACUGACUUUAAGAUACUAUACUGUGCUGACUUCAAGAUAUUAUGCUGUUCUGCCUUCAAGAUACUAUACUGUGCUGACUUCAAUAUACUAUGCUGUGCUGCCUUCAAGAUACUAUACUGUGCUGACUUCAAGAUACUAUAGUGUGCUGCCUUCAAUAUACUAUACUAUGCUGACUUCAAGAUACUAUACUGUGCUGACUUCAAGAUACUAUACUGUGCUGCCUUCAAGAUACUAUAAUGUGCUGACUUAAAGAUACUAUACUGUGCUGCCUUCAAGAUACUAUACUGUGCUGCCUUCAAGAUGCUAUACUAUGCUGACUUCAAGAUACUAUACUGCGCUGACUUAAAGAUACUAUACUGUGCUGACUUCAAGAUACUAUGCUGUUCUGCCUUCAAGAUACUAUACUGUGUUGCCUUCAAAAUACUAAACUGUGCUGCCUUCAAGAUACUAUACUGUACUGACUUCAAGAUACUAUACUGUACAGCCUUCAGGAUUCCAUACUGUACUGCCUUCAAUAUAUUAUACUGUGCUGCCUUCAAUAUACUAUACUGUGCUAAUUUCAAGAUAUUAUACUGUGCUGACUUCAAGAUACAAUACUGUGCUGAUCGCAAGAUUCUAUUUUGCACCGACUUAAAGAUACUAUACUGUACUGACUUUAAGAUACUAUUCUGUAUUGCCUUCAAGAAACCAUACUGUACUGCCUUCGAAAUACUAUACUGCACUGCCUUCAAGAUACUAUACUGUACAGCCUUCAAGAUACCAUACUGUACUGCCUUCAAGAUACUAUACUGUGCUGACUUCAAGAUACCAUACUGUACUGCUUGAAGAUACUAUACUGUUCUGCCUUCAAUAUAAUAUACUGUGCUGCCUUCAAGAUACUAUACUGUGCUGACUUCAAGAUACUAAAACUGUGCUGCCUUCAAGAUACUAUACUGUGCUGCCUUCAAGAUACUAUUCUGUGCUGCGUUCAAUAUACUAUAAUGUGCUGACUUCAAGAUACUAUACUGUGCUGACUUCAAGAUACUAUACUGUGCUGCCUUCAAGAUACUAAAACUGUGCUGCCUUCAAGAUGCUAUACUGUGCUGAAUUUAAGAUACUAUACUGUGCUGCCUUCAAGAUACUAUACUGUACUGACUUCAAGAUACUAUACUGUACUGCCUUCAAAAAACCAUAAUGUACUGCCUUCAAGAUAAUAUACUUUGCUGAACGCAAGAUUCUAUUUUGUACUGACUGCAAGAUACGUUGAUUUAGUGACAGUAAUAUACUAGUUUACUGUAAUGACUACAAUAUAAUAUACCGUAUUGACUGCAAGAUGAUAUAUUCUACUGCAAGAUUCUAUACUGUACUGAUUGCAAGAUACUAUAUUGUACUGACUGCAAGAUGCUAUACGGUACUGAGUUCAAGAUACUAUACUAUACUGAGUAAAAGAUACUUUUUUUUUACUGACUGCAAGAUACUAUAAUGUAAUGACUAUUCAACCCCGGACCACUGAUCUACUACAUACAAAAACUGUGAACUCUAAACAUUAUCUAUGCAAGUAACGUGGUCUCAAUACUGCUAGACAAGAACCCCAGCUGUCUUACACCUGAUACACUAAUCCCAUGUGUGUUAGUUCCCUUUCAAACACUGUGCAGUUAGCCACAAGAACAUAACUUCUGCUCACAACUGACGAUCUAAAAGCGUUCACGCAAACCGCAGUGAUUCCCAAUCCUUGACAUCCACCACGUCAUGCAUGUUUAAUUGCAAAUUUUUUAAGCAUUCCAUAUGAAACAAUAUUGAUGGCUGAUGGUUUUAAGAAAUAAGUAAUUUUUUUUUCAAUAACACACAUUGUAAUAUUGAAAUUGUCCUUGUGACAGACCCGAUGUCACAUAAACUUGACCUGCUGAACUUUGUCCAAGAGGCUGUGAUGAUGCGACAAUUCCAACACCCAAACGUCCUGGGUCUUAUUGGACUGACAGAGCAAGAGCCUGGAAUUCCUUUCGUCAUCUUACCUUUCUUGGAGAAUGGUGACCUAUUGACCUACGUACGAAAUCAAUCCUUGGUAAGAGAAAUACAGUAUUGGCAACUUAUUGUCAUACGUAAGCUACCAAUCUUUGGUAAGAGAAAUACAUUACUGGCGACUUACUGUCAUACGUAGGCUACCAAUUAAUGGAGAGACAAAUAUUGUAAUGGCGACUUAUUGUAAUACGGUGCCUACCAAUCCUUGGUAAAAGACAUACAUUACUAGCGACUUAUUGUUAUACUUACACAAUCAUUCCUUGGUUAAAGACAUACAUUACUAGCGACUUAUUGUCAUACUUACACAAUCAUUCCUUGGUUAAAGACAUACAUUACUAGCGACUUAUUGUUAUACUUACACAAUCAUUCCUUUGUUAAAGACAUACAUUACUAGCGACUUAUUGUUAUACUUACACAAUCAUUCCUUGGUUAAAGACAUACUUUACUAGUGACUUAUUGUUAUACUUACACAAUCAUUCCUUGGUUAAAGACAUACAUUACUAGCGACUUAUUGUUAUACUUACACAAUCAUUCCUUGGUUAAAGACAUACAUUACUAGAGCCUUAUUGUUAUACUUACACAAUCAUUCUUUGGUUAAAGACAUACAUUACUAGCGAAUUAUUGUUAUACUUACACAAACAUUCCUUGGUUUAAGACAUACAUUUCUAACGACUUAUUGUUAUACUUACACAAUCAUUCCUUGGUUAAAGAAAUACGUUACUAGCGACUUAUUGUUAUACUUACACAAUCAUUCCUUGGUUAAAGAAAUACAAUGCAAAGCAAAUAGAAAUUAGUUUAAAAUUUGUACAAGUAAUAAUUGUUAAAAUCAGGAGCAAGAUCAUUGUCGUUAUUUCCAUACAUUGGGCGCUAAUAAAAUUUAACUUUGCAUAUGAUUUUUAGAUGUGGAGUCAGAGUCAGGGCUUACAAUAAGUGACAUGUUCUCAUCCCCCCACCUACCCCCCCCCCCUAAAAAAAGCUCUAAAAUAACAGUUUACAAACAACAUGACACUCAAAAGAAAUACUAUGUAAAUAAAGGAAGUAGCUGAAGCGGAUUCGGUCAGACUAUCAGACUGUUUACUGGGUCUUUAUUCUACAAUUAUUUUAAAGCUAAAGCAAGUUCUAUCUAAAAAAAAAUAAGUUACACCUUUUAAAAAGACUUGUCUGCAUCUACACCAAUGAUCACUUUAGGAGUCACAUCGUUCUUUCAGAGACUCACUCUCCACGACGUCAUUAGAUUUGGGGCUGACAUAGCUUACGGUAUGGCCUACCUCAGUUCACUCAAGUUUGUCCACAGAGACUUGGCAGCAAGAAAUUGUAUGUGAGUUGUUGAUAGAUAGAUAUUUUUAGAGUAUAGCCUCGUUAUAUUGAACCGAUGCUGAAAAUCAAUUUGAGUUAGUAAUCGCUAAAAGAACCUACCAUCAACGAGGUCAUGGUCAUUUCAAUACGAUGACAAUAGAUGGGGAUGUAAGCAAGUACAGCUUAGUUAUCUAAUAUUUUUAACAUUUCGUUAUUUAUUUAUGAAUUGUUCAUUUCAUCUUUUGAUAAUGUUAUUACUUUUUGAAAAAAGUAAACAACAAUUUAUUAGUUUGAAUUUUGAGUCUGAGUCAUUAGUUCUUUGUGGACCAAAAUGUUUGUACGUGCAUCACAUGCUUGUACUGACAUCACAUGUUUGAACUAACAUCACAUUUUUGUACUGAAAUCACAUGUUUGUACUGACAUCACAUGAUUUUACUGAAUCACAUGUUUAUACUUAUAUCACAUGAUUGUACUGACAUCACAUGAUUUUAAUGACAUCACAUGAUUUUACUGACAUCACAUGUAUGACUGACAUCACAUAUAUGACUGACAUCACAUGUAUGACUGACAUCAACAUGUUUGUACUGAAUCACAUGUUUGUACUGACAUCACAUGUUUGUACUGACAUCACAUGUUUGUACUGACAUCACAUGUUUGAACUGACAUCACAUGUUUGUACUGACAUCAAUGUUUGUACUGACAUCACAUGUUUGUACAGACAUAAUAAGCCCUAAGUUAACAUCAAAUGGAGGGAAAAUCUUUACCAGGAAAUCCAUUUUUAAGAUCACAACUAACAAGAAAGGAAUAGUAAGCACACAUUUAAAAAAAACCAAAAAACAUGGUUUUGCCCUCUGAUGAAGAGUUUCACCUGGAUCGUCUUUUUGGCUGUCUUUGCUCGCCAUUCUGGUUCUCACGUCACGAGCUCUUACUGUUUAGCCGCUUUUAAGGCUGUAACAUUCUUGCACUUACUUACUUUUUUUUCGUUAUUGCGGCUCCCUCAUGCCAUACUCUUACUAUUUUGUCGUUAUUUUAGGUUGCUAUAUGCCAUUCUCUUACUUUUUUGUCGUAGUUGGGGCUCCCUCAUGCCAUACUCUUACUAUUUUGUCGUUAUUUUAGGUUGCUAUAUGCCAUUCUCUUACUUUUUUGUCGUAGUUGGGGCUCCCUCAUGCCAUACUCUUACUAUUUUGUCGUUAUUUUAGGUUGCUAUAUGCCAUUCUCUUACUUUUUUGUCGUAGUUGGGGCUCCCUCAUGCCAUACUCUUACUAUUUUGUCGUUAUUUUAGGUUGCUAUAUGCCAUUCUCUUACUUUUUUGUCGUAGUUGGGGCUCCCUCAUGCCAAUUUAGGUUGCUAUAUGCCAUUCUCUUACUUUUUUGUCGUAGUUGGGGCUCCCUCAUGCCACACUCUUACUAUUUUGUCGUUAUUUAGGUUGCUAUAUGCCAUUCUCUUACUUUUUUGUCGUAGUUGGGGCUCCCUCAUGCCACACUCUUACUAUUUUGUCGUUAUUUAGGUUGCUAUAUGCCAUUCUCUUACUUUUUUGUCGUAGUUGGGGCUCCCUCAUGCCACACUCUUACUAUUUUGUCGUUAUUUAGGUUGCUAUAUGCCAUUUUCUUACUUUUUUGUCGUAGUUGGGGCUCCCUCAUGCCACACUCUUACUAUUUUGUCGUUAUUUAGGUUGCUAUAUGCCAUUCUCUUACUUUUUUGUCAUUGUUGGGGCUCUCACACGCCAUUCUCUUACCUUAUGUCGUUAUUUAGGCUCUCACAUGCCAUGCCCUCAGUUUUUUAUUCAUGCCUGGAAGUAUUCUCUACUGUAUUAUCCUUUUAAAUUGCUAUAUGUUUUAUAUAGAAAUAAAUUUUAUUAACAAAGAAACUCAAAUGUUUAAGUCAGCGUGACAAUUAUUCGCUUAAGUCAAUCUGAAAAUGACAGGCAGGUGUUUAAACACCGGUUGUCUCUCUUUCCUUCCAGGCUCGACGGUGAGUACCGAGUCAAGGUCGCCGACUUUGGUCUGUGCCGUGAUAUCUAUGAGAAGGGCUACUACACAAGUGACAACAAGAAGAUACUCCCCAUUCGGUGGAUGGCGUUAGAGAGUAUAGAAGAUGGGACGUACACAACGAAAUCGGACGUUGUAAGAACAACUAUUUUUUUUUUUUUUUUUUAAAUUCGGAUUUUGUAAAGAGGGCACGAGAAGGGAAAGAAUUGUAGAAGGGAUUGGGAGAAUUGGAACUUGAUUCUUAAAAGUUGAGUCACUGCACAGAAAUAGAAAUUGCCUGAGGGCUACUACACAAGUGACAACAAGAAGAUACUCCCCAUUCGGUGGAUGGCGUUAGAGAGUAUAGAAGAUGGGACGUACACAACGAAAUCGGACGUUGUAAGAACAACUAUUUUUUUUUUUUUUUUAAAAUUCGGAUUUUGUAAAGAGUGCACGAGAAGUGAAAGAAUUGUAGAAGAGAUUGGGAGAACUGGAACUUGAUUCUUAAAAGUUGAGUCACUGCACAGAAAUAGAAAUUGCCUGGAAAUAGACACUGAAAUUAGACAGUGCAUAGAAAUAGAUAAAGACAUUAGACCAUAAAAUAAUACAAACUCAAAAGUGAACAUUUUACAAAUACUUAAUUAAGAGACUUGGAAGCAUGCCUUUGAGUCAGCAGCUCUGAGAAGGACAGAAUAGAUUUCUGUGUACACACUAUUUUAUACCAGCGCAUAAAUGCUACUUAUAAAAUGGUGCAGUCUUGUAUGUGUUGUAGUUUUCUAAUAUUUUGUAGUUUUAUAUAAUAUGAUGUAGUUGUGUAAUUUGUUGCAGUUUUAUAAUAUGUUGUAGUUGUGUAUAUUUUAGUUGUAGUUUAUAUAAUAUCUUGUAGUUUUGUGUAAUUUGUUGUUGUCUUGUGUAAUAUACUGUAGUUUUUAAUAAUACGUUGUAGUUUUGUAUGGUAUGUUGUAGUUUAUAUAUGUUAUUGUUUUGUAUUUGUUGUAGUUUUGUAUAAUAUGUUAUAGUUGUGUACAAUUAUUUGUAGUAUUGUAUAAUAUAUAGUUUUAGGCAACGCUUGUGUUUGUAUUUUGAGAUCAACAUAUCGUCUAUGGACUUCAUGAAUAUAUACAAUAUUCUUCAUUGCGUGUUUCCACUCCCAGUCGAGCACAGCCCAGUAACAAUACAUUUCCAUGCCUGUCAGUCUCUUUUUGAUAUAUUCUUCUUCAAACUCUCUCCAAUUUUAAAUACAUCCUUUUCAACGCAUCUUCUAUAUAAAUAGCAACUUUAUUUCUAUAUCAAAAACUCACAUUGCUGACACCAUUUCCUGAACCCAUUUAACUUCUUCGUUUAAAGAAUAGCUGCAAAGUUUACUAGUUACAAAAGAGACUCUCUAUUUUGUGUGUAUUUGAAUACAAUGGGACAUCUAAUUAAAGUAAUUGUGACGUUUGUAGUUGUCAAAGUUUCAAUGCUUCGCUCUACUGUACACGGAAACAUAAUUAAAGCAUCAAUUAUCUUCUCUAUGUGGUGUGAAGUUAGCCUUUAGAGUUAAAGAUCAUGAAUGUAUUUUGUCCUCUCGUUCCUUGCCUUCAAGUGGUCUCUAGGCGUGGUCAUUUGGGAGAUGUUGACCAGGGGACUGACUCCGUACCCCGGAGUGGAUGGCUGGGAUGUCGUCAACUACUUACGGCAUAGGCGUCUCCCGCCGCCUUAUUUCUGUCCUGAAUCACUGUAAGACACUGGGUUUUUUUUAAUAUGAUGCUAUCUAUGAGAUUGUCCCUCGCUUUGACAUUUUGCCCAUCUGGGUUUAUUUUAUUGCUUUGACGGUUACGUCAUUUUUGUGUUGAUAAAUGCGAUUGCAUAACUUAUUUCGCAGAAGAAAAAUAUAUCCAUUUUUACAGAUCUAUAUGUUUGUUCCUUUUAAAAAGAGCAUGAAGAUAUCAAAUACUUUUUAAGAAACAUUUAACAGAUUUAAAAAAAAAAAAAAUUCUGUAUUGUUGAAUGAAUGUUGAGAUCAUUCAUGAAGUAUUGUUUGUUAAAAAUCCAGAGAAGUGAAGAAAUUAAAGAAUUACCCCAUGUUGGGCUAUAUUUUACUAGUUAUUAUUUACUCCGGGUUCAUAAUAUGUUUCUCUAUUGUUACUCCAGGUGACUAUACGUCUCUCUAAAAUUUCUCCAGGUUUAACUUAAUGAUGAUGUGCUGGGCUAAGGAGCCCAACAGGAGACCUUCAUUUAAAGCAAUCCAGAUGGAGCUACUGCUCCUCGUCGAUGCAGGUCGGGAUGACAGCCCGCCAAAGAAGGAGAAUCCCUACACGCCAUUUCCGUCGAAACAACCCGUUACGCAAGUGUCAGAAACUUCGAUAAACACCCCAGCACAGCCGGAAAAUCUAUCGCAAGAAAGCAACACGCGCCAUGGUGACGUAACGAAUGAAAAUGAACAAAGUUACCCAACGAAAGACGAGACGAUACUCUCUGGUGAAGACACCCGUUUGACUUCUAGUCAUGUCAGCGACCCACACGUUCACGACACACAAGUUAACGACACACAAGUUAACGACACACAAGUUAACGACACACUGAUUAAUGAUUCACAGGUCAACGACAGAGAGGUCAAAGACAGAAAGGUCAUCAACACACAGGUCAACGAAACCCAAACCCACGACAAGCACAGCGCAAAUGAAUCCAAUGGUUCUGAAAUGUUGUCUUUCCCCAAAAAGACUGCUGCACAAGAUGUUCUGAUCACCAUUCCAGAAUGCUAUUCGCACGUAGACGUAAGCAGCGAAGCUCUCGGGGUGUACGUCGAGCUGGUUGCGAACUACGAGCCCCCCAAAACAUUCCUCAGCACUUUCAUCAGCCCGUCACCAGGUUGCAGCCUAACCGGGCCUGACUUUAUAAACGAGUAUCAAAGCGAUGCUGCAAAAGAAUACGUCUGGCUGAGUGAGGAGGGAGCCUACUACAAACCUGACGAAGAAAUUUAAGAAAUUUAACAAAGUGCAAAUAGCCAAUGACGCUUUAAAGAUUCACAAUGGCGAUCUCUAGUCACUGAUCAGCAUUUACAUAUGUUUUACAAUAGAUGUCUUUGCGAAUGCUGUCAUUACAGGCACUCAUUAAAAAAAAAGUUUCGCUGAAGAGAGAACUUCUGUACAUUGCCUUAAUUUUGAGGGCGCCGUUUAAAGAAAAAAAAAUAAGUAAUUGCACAUUUCUGUAACCGGGGAAAAAAAUGACUCUUACUUUAAGUAGAAAUAUUUUUAAUAUAUAAAUAAUGUUUUAAAAAAAGCUGAAGCUUCAUCGCUCUACAAUUUUAAUGUGUCUUAAUCUCACACAAUGUUUGUGUUCAUUGGCUAAUUUAAUUUUCAGUUGUUGUUUUUUUUGUUUUUUUUUUAACACUUUAGUGUCAUUUCAAUAAGUUAUCUUAUUGAAUGAAAGUUACAUUAAAAAAAAUGAAUAUGGAAUUCUUCUAUCUCUAUAAUGUUGAUUUUGUAGCUUUA